ACGGUCGCAAGCCCCGCCCCCAGUCUCUAUGCUGUCCCCGCCUUCGCUUAGCUUCUCUGUGUCACGCCCCGCUGGUUGCCAUAGUAACAGCGGCUCACCUCCCCCCUCCCCCUCUCAUGCGGCGCUGCUGUCCGCUAAUAUUUGUAAACAGCCCCGGGGACCCCCCGCCCCAAAACGCCUCCCCCCACCCUCCGGAGCCACCCCCAUCCAAGAUGGCGGCGGGUGGGAGCGGCGGUCUGUCGUUCCCCGGGGUGGUGGGUAACAGCGCCCCCAGCAACCGCAGCGGAUCCUCGGCCUCCUCGUACAACUACAGCGGCGGGGCCUCGGCCUCCUCCCCCGGGAACCAGGCGGCGAUCUCCCCACCGGCGGCCCCUCCCCCGCCCUCGGCCGCCGCAGGCCUCCUCCACCGGGAGCCCGUGUACAACUGGCAGGCCACCAAAACCACCGUGCGGGAGCGCUUCACCUUCCUCUUCAACAACGAGGUGCUCAGCGACGUGCACUUCCUGGUGGGCAAAGGGCUGGGCAGCCAGCGGAUACCGGCACACAGGUAACAGCCUCCCCCCCCCUAUAUAUACACACACACACACACACACCUAGCCCCUAUAUACACACACACCUACAGGUAACAGCCCCCCCUAUAUACACACAACUACAGGUAACAGCCCCCCUAUAUAUACACACACCUACAGGUAACAGCCCCCCUAUAUAUACACACACACCUACAGGUAACAGCCCCCUAUAUACACACACCUACAGGUAACAGCCCCCUAUAUACACACACACCUACAGGUAACAGCCCCUUAUAUACACACACCUACAGGUAACAGCCCCCUAUACACACACACACCUACAGGUAACAGCCCCCUAUAUGGCCACACACACCUACAGGUAACAGCCCCCUAUAUAUACACACACCUACAGGUAACAGCCCCCUAUAUACAAGCACACAAUUCCACAGGUAACAGCCUAUAUACACAAUACCUACAGGUAACAGCCCCUAUAUACACACACACCUACAGGUAACAGCUCUAUAUAUACACACACCUACAGGUGUAACAGCCCCCUUAUAUACACACACACCUACAGUGCACAGCCCCCUAUAUAUACACACACCUACAGGUAACAGCCCCUAUAUAUACACACACCUACAGGUACUGUGCCCCCCUAUAUACACACACACCUACAGGUAACAGCCCCCUAUAUACACACACCUACAGGUAACAGCCCCCUACAUAUACACACACCUACAGGUAACAGCCCCAUAUAUACACACACACCUACAGGUAACAGCCCCCUAUAUACACACACCUACAGGUAACAGCCCCCUUAUAUACACACACACACACCUACAGGUAACAGCCCCCCCACACCUACAGGUAACAGCCCCCCUAUACACACACCUACAGGUAACAGCCCCUAUAUAUAUACACACACCUGCAACAGCCCCCUAUAUACACACACACACCUACAGGUAACAGCCCCCUAUAUACACACACCUACAGGUAACAGCCCCCAAUAUAUACAGGUGCACAGCCCCCCCUAUAUACACACACCUACAGGUAACAGCCCCCCUAUAUACACACAACACCCUAUAUAUACACACACCUACAGGUAACAGCCCCUAUAUACACACACCUACAGGUAACAGCCCCUAUAUAUACACACCUACAGGUAACAGCCCCCUAUAUAUAUAACAGCCCCCCCUAGUAUAUACACACACACCUACAGGCAAUGUAACAGCCCCUAUAUACACACACACCUACAGGUAACAGCCCCCAUACACACACCUCCACAGGUAACAGCCCCCCUAUACACACACACACCUACAGUAACAGCCCCCUAUAUACAGGUAACACACACACACCUACAGGUAACAGCCCCCUAUAGCCCCCUAUAUAUACACACACACACACCUUACAGGUAACACACCACCUACAGGUAACAGCCCCCCUAUAUGGGCCACACACCUACAGGUAACAGCCCCCUAUAUAUACACACACCUACAUAACAGCCCCUAUAUAUACACACACACACCUACAGGUAACAGCCCCCCUAUAUACACACACACACCUACAGGUAACAGCCCCUAUACACACACCUACAGGUAACAGCUCUAUACACACACCUACAGGUAACAGCCCUCCCCCUAUAUAUACACACCUAAGCAGGUACAGCCCCCCUAUAUACACACACACACCUACAGGUAACAGCCCCCUUAUAUACACACACCUACAGGUAACAGCCCCCUAUAUACACACACCUACAGGUAACAGCCUAUACAUACACACACACACACACCUACAGGUAACAGCCCCUAUAUACAGCCCCCUAUAUACACACACACCUACAGGUAACAGCCCCCUAUAUAAACACACACCUACAGGUAACAGCCCCCAAUAUACACACACCUACAGGUAACAGCUAUAUACACCUACACAGGUAACACACACCUAUAUACACACACCCAGGUAACACACCCUAGCCUCUAUACACACACCUACAGGUAACAGCCCCUACAGGUAACACAGCCCCCAGGAGUACACAGCCCCCUAUAUACACACACCCCCACAACAGCCCCUAUAUAUACAGCCCCCCAGCAGGUAACACCCCCUACAGGUAACACCCCAGGUAACACCCCUAUAGGUACACACACACCCUACAGGUAACACACACCCUACAGUCUCCUAUAUACACACACCCACAUAUACAGGUAACAGCUCCCCUAUAGGUACACACACCCCAGGUAACACACACCUAUAGGUAACAAUAUACACACACACCCAGGUAACACACCCCCUAUAACACACACCUAUAUACACCCCAUACACACACACCCCCAGGUAACAGCCCCCUAUAUACACACACCUACAGGUAACAGCCCCCCUAUAUACACACACACCUACAGGUAACAGCCCCCUAUAUUACACACACACCUACAACAGCCUCCCCCUAUACACACACACACCUACAGGUAACAGCCCCCUAUAUAUACACACACCUACAGGUAACAGCCCCUAUAUAUAUACACACACACCUACAGGUAACAGCCCCCCAUAUACACACACACACACAGCCCCCACACACAACCUACAGGUAACAGCCCCCCAUACACACACACCCAGGUAACAGCCCCCCAUACACACACCUACAGGUAACCAUAUAUACCUACACACACACCUUACAGGUAACAGCCCCCUAUAUAUACACACACCCCUACAGGUAACAGCCCCUCAUACACACACUCCACAGGUAACAGUUCCCUAUAUAUACACACACCCACAGGUAACAGCCCCUAUAUACACACAACAGGUAACCCCCCUAUAUAUAUAUACACACACCUACACACACACCUACAGUAACAGCCCCCACACACCUACAUAUAGCCUCUAUAUAUACACACCUACAGGCACAUAUACACACACACCUACAGGUAUAUACACACAGCCCCUCAUAUACACACACACCUACAGGUAAUGCCCCUAUACACACACCCACAGGUAACAGCCCCCCUAUAUACACACACCUACAGGCACAGCCCCCCAUAUACACACACCCACAGGUAACAUAUACAGGUAACACACACACACACCUGUGCACAGCCCCUAACAGAAGCCCCCUAUAUACACACACCCACAGCACAGCCCCCUAUAUACACACACACACCUACAGGUAACAGCCUAUAUACAGGUAACACCCCCACACCUACACACACACCUAUAGGUACAGCCCCCAGGUAACAGCCCUCCCCCUAUAUACACACACCACAGGUGUAACACAGGUAACAGCCACACACACCUAUAGUAACAGCCCCUACAUACACACACACACCCACAGGUAUAUAUACACACACACACCCACAGGUAACAGCCUCCUAUACACACACCUAUGGUAACAGCUCUUAUAUACACACACCCACAGGUAACAGCCUCCUAUACACACACACCCACAGGCAACAGCCCCCCUAUAUACACACACACCUACAGGUAACAGCCCCACUAUAUACCUACAGGUAACAGCCCCUAUAUACACACACCUACAGGUAACAGCCCCUAUAUACACACAGCCCCCAUAUACAGGUAACCCCCAUACACACACCCCUAUAUACACACACACCUACAGGUAACAGCCCCCUAUAUACACACACCUACAGGUAACAGCCCCCACACACACACACCUACAGGUAACAGCCCCUUAUAUACACACACCUACAGGUAACAGCCCCCUAUAUACACACACACACCUACACAGCCUCUAUAUACACACACCUACACAACAGCCCCCUAUAUAUACAGCCUCCUAUAUACACACACCUACACACAGUAACAGCCCCCUAUAUACACACACACCUACAGCAACACCUAUAUACAGGUAACAGCCCCCUAUAUACACACACACACCUACAGGUAACAGUAGCCCCCCACACACACACACACCUACAGGUAACAGCCCCCCUAUAUACACACACACCUACAGGUAGCUCCCCCCUAUACACACACCUACAGGUAACAGCCCCCCACACACACACCUACAGGUAACAGCCCCUAUAUAACAGCCCCCCUAUAUACACACACCCCAAGCAGGUAACAGCCCCUAUAUACACACACACCUACAGGUAACAGCCCACACCUACAGGUAUAUACACACACCUACAGGUAACAGUAACAGCCCCCUAUAUACACACACACACACGCUUACAGGUAACAGCCCCCUAUAUACACACACACGCCACAGGUAACAGCCCCUAUAUAUACACACACACACCUACAUGCUGUAACAGCCCCCCUACACCUAUACACACACACACACACCUACAGGUAACAGCCCCCCUAUAUACACACACACACCUACAGGUAACAGCCCCCUAUAUACACACAGCUACAGGUAACAGCCCCCCCUAUAUAUACACACACUAAAACAGGUAACAACAGCCCCACCUAUAUACACACACACCUACAGGUACAGCCCCACCUAUAUACACACACACACAUUGUAACAGCCCCCUAUAUACACACACCUACAGGUAACAGCCCCCCCUAUAUACACACACCUACAGGUAACAGCCCCCCCUGUAUACACACACCUACAGGUAACAGCCCCAGUCCACUGCCCUAUAUACACACCUAUAGGUAACAGCCCCCGGCAGCUGCCCUAUAUACACACCUAUAGGUAACAGCCCGCUGCCCUAUAUACACACCUAUAGGUAACAGCCCGCUGCCCUAUAUACACACCUACAGGUAACAGCCCCCGGCAGCUGCCCUAUAUACACACCUAUAGGUAACAGCCUCCCGGCAGCUGCCCUAUAUACACACCUAUAGGUAACAGCCUCCAGCCCGCUGCCAUAUAUACACACCUAUAGGUAACAGCCCCGGCAGUUGCCCUAUAUACACACCUAUAUAUAGAUAUAAUGCCCUCUAUAUACACACACCCACCCAUAUAUAUAUAUAAUAUGUCCUCUAUUUAUAAUGCCCCUAUACACACACCCACAUAUAUAUAUAUAAUAUACACCCACAUAUAGAUAUAAUGCCCUCUAUAUACAAACUCACCCAUAUAUAUAUAUAUAAUUGCCCUCUAUUUAUAAUGCCUCCUAUACACACCUACAGGUAACAGGCCCCCCCUAUAUACACACCUACAGGUAACAGCCCUCCCCUAUAUACACACCUACAUAUAUAUAUAUAUAUAUAUAUAUAUAUAUAUCCCUCUAUUUAUAAUGCCCUCUAUACACAUACCCAUAUAUAUAUAAUCGCCUCCUAUACACACCCAUAUAUAUAGAGCUCUCUAUAGAUAUGCCAUCUUUUUAUUUAUAAUACCCUCUACACACACAGAAUUAUAACCCUCUCCAUAAAUAUAUAUGUGUGUGUGUUUAUACAUACAUAAUAUAUAAAAGCUUUUACUAUGAAGUCAUAAUUCCUAAACACAUGGUGUCUAAACCCUUUGCUAAAUUUUAGGGGCUAGAUGAUUUUGUUAAAACACCCACUUUGUUGUGAUGAGACUCCUUGCGUGCACCUUUGCGGGUUGGUAACCUCUCUGCAACCCUGGGUAUCAACUGGACAUUGACACAAUCAGUAACUAUUAAAGUUAGACUGUCAUUAAUGAGUUCUUAGCACACAGUCCAUUAACCAGUAUGAGUUGGCUAUGGGUUGUUCUUUUUUUUUGUUAACCCCUUCACCCCAGAUGUUUGAGGCAUUCUAUAAAAUUUUCAGUAAAAUGUUCUGUGCUGUAUGUAUCAGUGCGUGCGCCCAUACAGUACCAAAGAAGAAUUGCCUGCGUACACAUGCGUCUGUACUGUAUCUCUGUGCAGAAGCCACAGCACGCAUAAAUCUAAACAGAGAAGUGAUGCAGCGGUAAUUCAUAUCCGUAUACACCUAAAUAACAUUCACUGGGUUGGAGGAACAAGGAACUGUCUGAAAUACAGUUACUCUUUAAAAGAACGCAUUAAAUGUGAAUCAUUAACUUAAGAUUGCCCUUUUUAAAAUUUCCUUUAUCAUUUUAACACAAAGUAUAGGAGGAGGUUGCAUUUUUGUACAUGAAUGUUAGCUGUAACCAUUCUAGGAGGUGCUAGUUUAGUAUCUUGUGUAGUCAAGAUGUUCAUAGAUUAGGAGCAGUAGUUGGAUAGUGUUUAGCAAAACUACGAUAUUGGAUACAAAAGCAGAGUGAAAAGUAGGGUAAGUAGAACAUAGCUGGAAUUAACAUUUUUAUAUUAUGUACAUAUUCAUAUGUUUAACAAAUAUCAAACUGUGAGGUUUGAAAAGUGAGCUACACUGUAGAAAUCCAUACCUCUUCAUGUUGCAAAUGGGUAUCUCCAUUCUAGCUCCCUGUCAAUCAUUGUUUUAAGCUCCGUCAUUUGUACCACAGUCGGCAUACAGAAAAGAAUGUUUCUAUCGCCUCUUCAUAUGCAAUGUUUGCCAUGGCUUUCCCUUGUUUGAACUGGAUUUUGACGGUAUUUGCUAAAUCUUUAAUAUUUUAAAGAAAACAGGAUCUCCUGAAAGGAAAGGGUAACACAAGUUCUAGGUGAUUUUCAGUGGUGUAAAUUAAAUAAAAGUGACAUUUUUACUUUUAAGAUAAACUCCCUAAUGUGGGAAUUUUAGGAGUAGAUGGGAAAUGAAAUAUGCGAAUGAUCUAAUUAAUUAAAAACAAAUUGAUGGGAAAGUUUCUUACUAUUCUAUUGGCCUUUUUUUUUUUGCCUCAUGUUUGUGUUUCAGUUUUCAAUCCGGUACAUUUCAGAGUUUUACCAAACAUUGAUGUGUUUCAAUGUAGGAUACAAGUCUUGUGUACACAUUCCUAUAGCCCUUAAGUAUAUUAUGUGAUUACAGAGUAAAGUGCUAAAUAAAUGAUUAUGCAGGGAGGGAUGUUAAAUGUAUAUAGUUUAAAGCCAGUGACGUGUGUUGGGCAGGCAGGCUCUUUUUAGUCCUCUUAUAUAUUUAUUUUCUUCAUUUACCCCCUACACGUAGGCAAAUGGCAAUGAAGGUGGUGUAGGGGAGGCUGCAAAAGUUCCUCAGAUGGGACACCAAGGUAGUGCUUAGCGGGAGGUAUAUUGGCGCAAAGGUUUCAGGUGGACCCAAUCACUUAUGUAUAGUAUAGGGCUAUUCCAGCUAGGGAAGCAAAAAUAUAAGUGUUAUACUACACAGUGUUGCACUAUGUUAUAUUUUUGCUUCCCUAGCUGGAAUAGCCCUAUACUACACAGUGUUGAAUUGAAGAUCGGAGGAGAUCUGCGGGCAUAUCCUAUGCUAUUGAGGGAAGUUGCUAAUAUUUAUAUUUUCCCAUUAUAAUCACUUUUUGGGAGAAACAGUGUUAUUGCAUGUGGACACCAGAAACACUUUUUGCAAAUUUGUGAGAGAUACUAUUUUAUCAAAUUGUCGGACCCAGUCACUUAGUUGGUGGAUGAUGUGACUAAUGUGGAUCUCGCAGCUCCUGUCCUAUAUUUUUCCAGGUAUAUUUAUUAUACUGAUAGAUGGCAGUGCCAGGGAAGAAAUGGUCACAUUCUCCUGUGCCAGUGAAUUACCUCUGUUAAUACUCUCCUGUGUCUGGGAAAAUAGAGGUACUUGGAACCUCAUGUCAGGAAAUGUCAUAUGCUUGAACCACAUAUCAGUGUUGCCAUCUGACACAGGGGAAUACCCAAUCACUUACCUGUGUACUUUACAGUAUAUUGUUUAAAUAUUUAUGUUGCUGGAUACUCUAGUGCCAAAGAGGCUGGUUAUUUUGCCAGUCUAGGUUUACAUAAUUUUUCCUUUUUCCUUUAGCCUUGCUAAUCACUAAUGCUUCAGAUCGCAGCCGCUGGUAUUCCUAGCAUGUGCUCUCACUCUUUGAGUGCCGAAACUCUAAACACACACGCAACAUGGCCAUUGCACACAUUCAGCAUGCAUACACUGAAGGGGGCAGAGGGCAAGAUACAGGUUAUUCACUAAACGCAGAAUUUUUAGAAAGUAAUUCUGAAUGUUUUUCAUUUUGAUUUAAUGGUAAUUUGUGAAAAUUAAAAGUCUAGUGAAUAUUAUCAUUGUCCAAGGCUCUAUGUGGCCCCAAUUUUUUUAAACUAAAAUCAUUUUGUGCAGGGCAAGUAGAUUGGGCUACCGCUUUAGAUUUUUUUUUUUUUUAAACUCCUCCCCCCCCCCUCUUUUCCUAUCACAACUGUUAUGGAAACCAAAUUAAUGCAGGAAAUUUAAUUUUAUACCGCCAAAUCUCCUGACUAUGUAUCUGAGCAGUGACAACUGAACUGCAACCCCCAUAAUACAAACUGGCCACAAACAACUGCGUUGCAGUGAUUUAUCAGAUGAGAUCAACAUUGCCACAGAAAAUCACUUAAAAAUGUAAUGGGGAGGAGUCAUUAGCACGGUCAAUGUCGUAGGAGUUCUCCAAAUGGCUGGGAGACCUAAUGCUGAUUCCAGAUGAUUUUAUGUCUCCAUAGCAACAAGGCACCAUUCACACUUGUGUGCAUUAUUCGAACUUGAAUCUAGUAUGCCAUAAAGCAAACUGAUGUGUAAAAUGAACAAAACGCAGAGGCUACAUCAUAAAGAAUAGUGCUAAUUACAAUUGCACCGUUUAGCAUUUAUGUAUCGUGCAAGUCUACACAAUAAUUACUAUAUGUGCAUAGAUAUUAUUGCACUCAAAAUCAAAGUACAUAUAUAAUGGAAAAAAGUAUUGGUAGACUUUAAUACGGUAUCAGAAAAAUAUAAAAAUGUUAGCCUAAAACAAAAGGGAACGUUUUAAAGAUGUAAAAUUUUUGCAAUGUGGCUUUUUAAUAUAUGAAAUAAAAAUGUCAUCUCUUGUGUCUUUUAUUUGGGAUGUAAAAAAAUAACACUUUCUUUCUACUCUACCUCACUCAACUUCACAGCCCUCCAGCCCACAUCAUGUAGGUGGCAAGUAAAGUAAAUUGGGCGCAGAGUUUGAAAUUGUAGCAACACACUUGUACUCUUGCAAGUGAAGAAAUGAGACUUAAAUGGGCACUCUGGGCAGCGAUACAACUGUAAUUCAUUUUUAUAUAGAUUUUGUCCUCAUUAAUAUGCUGCAUUUUUUUAAUGCUGAAAUCUUUUUAGUUUUUUUGCACAAAAAAUAAUGCUUUGCAGGAUGCAUCAGUAUAAGCCUGCCUCUUUAGUCACGCCUCCUCACUCCAUAAAAAGACUUCCUCAUCAAAUGUAUGGACACAGCUCCGAGAGUACUGAAUAAUCUGAACUAGGGAUCGACCGAUAUUGAUUUUUUUUUCAGAGACGAUACUGAUAAUCUGUUAACUUUUAGGCCGAUAGCCUAUCAUUUACGGAUAUUCUGUAUUUUUUUUUCAUUAAGUAGUAAAUGCAAAAAAUAUAAAUACCAGUCAGAUUUUUUUUGUUUUCAAGAAUAUUUAGUGUUCCUCUCCCUUUCUGUUCCAGAUCCUUGGUGUACCUCUCCCCUCCCUAUCCUGUCCCUUAGUGUUCCUUUCCCCUCACCUGUCUUCACUGUCCCUUAGUGGUCCUCUUUAGUGUGACAUCCCCUUCCUCCCCGCCCCCUUGUGGUCCUCUCCCCUCAUUGGGUGUGCCUCAUUAUCUUUCUUGUAGCGUGACCAAGCACAGCAGACCGCGGUACAGGAGCUUCAGUUUCCUGUGCCCAGUCGGACUGACAGGAAGUGCUCUCUCGUUGAGUACUUCCUGUCAGUCUGGCCGGGUACAGGAAACUGAAGCUCCUGUACCACAGUCCACUCUACUCAACUGUGUGACUGGUAGGGGAUACCUGCCCGUCACUCGAUUCUUGUGCCCCCAGAGCCGGUGCGGCCUAAGAAGGCUACCUGCGCAGCCUUAUGGACGCGCCAGCCCUGAGUGCGUUGGGCUACCGCCGCCUCUCACAUUAUCGGCAAUAUCGGUAUCAAUAGUGGCCGAUACCGAUAUUUGCCAAAAUCUGGAAUAUCGGCUGAUAUUUCGAUUAUUGGUCUAUCCCUAAUCUGAACUACAAAGCAUCCUGCAUUAGGAUAGAACAGCAGGAAGAUAUGGAAGCAAUAUAGUAAUAUCAUCACUACCUGUUUGUAGGUUUUCUGAGUGUCUGCAGCGAGGUUAUGAAAUAAAAACAGAUCACUCAGUGCUGUUGGCGAUGAGACAGUGUGCAUACAUUUGAUAAGGAAGUCUUUCUGGCCUUAAAAUGUCUUGAAGUUGUUUUAGUGCCCGGAGUGUCCCGAUUAGGAAGCUUCAUACUAUCGAAUAAGAUCACCAUUGCUACGCGGUUCAGUGAAUAUUUUAAUUGUCUAAAUUACUUCCUAAUUUAUUGACCAAAUCUCUGCAGAUGCUGCAAAACCUAAUUAUUCGCAACAAAUACAAGAACAGAAUCGAAGUAUAAGUUCUAAGAUUUAUUUUAAAAUCUUUAUGAAAUGCACUGGGAUUGCAUUCGAAUACCAAUGCUGACAAGAUAUAAGACCAAUAGAGAGAAGUUUGUUUUAUUGUAAAGCUAUAAAUUAACAAAAGGAUGACGAGCUUCACGGUCAAGUUUUUUUUAUUAUUAUACAGCUCUUGCCAGCAGUGGCUAUGAUCUGGAUCAUUGCUAGAUUUGAUCUAUAUGGACAGGGGGACCAUGUCCACCAUGUUUUCAGGGACAGAUAUCAUGAAAAUAGUCACCUAGUAGUAUGUAGAAUUCAGAAGGUGUAUAAGGUGAGUAAUUAUGAAUAAUCCUGCAGAAUAUGCAAUAUAUAUACUGCAUGGCAUCCUUUUCCAUGCAUUCUUUUUUUUUUUUUUUUUAUUAUAUGACAAAAUUGUGUGUCCCUGAAAACAUGGUAGAUCUGGUCACCCUUUCUAUGGAAGCUUACACGAUCUUGUGCAUCCCCUUGCGCCUCUGCUGCAUCCCUAGACUAUCCCACAUGUGGCAGAGACGCCAUGCAAAGAUCUCCAAAAGUGACAGCGUUGCUUUUUUUUUUUUAAUUCUUUAUUUUUGUUGUGCACAAUAUUAACAAAUAACCUUGCUGCGCCGCAACAGCGACAUCAGGGUGAAUUGGUGAACAUUUGCAAUACAAGUUGUGGCAUUCGCUAGACAGGCACAUUUUUAUGUUAGAGAGAUCAGUAUUUCAAUAGGUUUGCAUUAUUCAGUACAUAGCUUGGCAAAAACACAUGUUAAGAUUGCUGCACAUUUUUUAUAAGACAAGAAGUGUUAACAAAAUGGUUAUAUUCAUUGCUUAUGGAGGGAAACUAGUGUGCUGCCUUAUGGAUAUGAUUACAGGUGUCGAGGAUUCAAGCUGGGUAAUGCAGCGAGGAGCUCUGUACAACUUGCCAGUGAGUAGGUAGUAUAGGACAUGAAAUUAAACACUUAUUCAAGGUGAGGUCGCUCAUUAACGAAGCUCCUGGCACUAAUCAUCAGCUAGAGGAUAGCUUAAUUAACAUAUCAAUGUAGCGUGCAGUAGUAAGUAUGAAUAUUUAUAAAUUAAAAAGUAAAAAUCAAAACCACCGGUGAUAGACCUGGCCCUAUGCAUGACACUGUCCCAGAGUACUGCUUGUUCCAUCUGUGUUAUACUGUAACAUAGGGGGGCACUGCCUGGUCGGCAAGUCCGAGGCUGGGGUCGGCCAUCUUCAUUGGGUGAUGAGGUAUGGAGGUCUGUGUAUGAGAGUCUCAUAGUGUGGGCGAGCCGCUUGUUGGUUAGUGGCGUUUAGUUAGCCGAUGGGCUUUAUUGCUUUGGCGUCGGCUUAAGUCAUUGGUUUGGUAGGUUUUCCAUAGGUGCCGCCAGUGGGUCGCUUCAGUCUACCCUUUUCCAGGCCCAGCCUCUGGGAUGUCAGGUGAGUGGUGCUUCCAUGGGCUCCAUUCGCCCACGAUACCCUCCAUCUCCUGCCCCAACCUGUUCUCCGUGCAGUCAGAGGGCAUGAUCGUGUGCAGACUUAUUUAGUAAGGGUGUGGCUCAGCGGGUUGUUUUCGUCUGCAGGCAUGCAAGGUUGUGUGGUGUAGUGCAGAUCGCAAUGCUUUGUAGGGCGAUGAUUCCCUCCGGUGGGGACCGGGAUAACCCCCCGGUCAAUGGGGGGGGGGAAGCGAGGCCUGUGAGGUUCAUCACAAGGUUGUUGCGUGGUGGCCAGGUUCGCAAACAGGACGGCGGCCAUCCGUCCUGCUCUCCACUCCCAUAGGCCGCAGACCCUGAAGUCCCAUAUCGCAGGGGGGUCUGGCACGCCCGAUCUCAGGGUCCGCGGUGGCUCCAGCUUCUGCCCGGAUGCUUGUUACAGCUUCAGGUCACUCAGCUUGCUUUAUUGCUUAAGUUUUUAGUCAUAGUGGACCAGCUCUAUCAGGAGCCUCUCAGGCCUGUGACCGGGUCAGCAUGGCGGUCAGGCCCCGCCCCCGACAGCGUUGCUUUAAUGCAAUAAAAACAUUUUUUGUUUGUUUAAAGUCAAUAUCAAGCUGGUAUGUUUCGAUUGGUUGAUUUUGUUUUCUGUUUUCCUGCUUUACAUCCUUUUUUAUUUCAUUACAUUUUCUUGGGGUUUGCCUGGGCUUUUUGUUUGUAGCCUUUAAGAAAAUUCUAAUUAAUGGACACUGUAGGUUACACUUGUCUUGUUUUCCAUUUGCUAGGUUUGUCUUGGCGGUUGGAAGUGCAGUCUUCGAUGCCAUGUUCAAUGGUGGCAUGGCCACAACAUCCACAGAAAUUGAAUUACCAGAUGUUGAACCAGCUGCUUUCCUUGCACUUUUAAAGUAAGUUUUGCAUCAUAAACCAAAAUACAGUUCUACUCUAAGACACCACAAAAUCAAAAUGAUCUGCUUUUAAAUGGUGACACCAUAAUAAUGUUGCUGAAGAACGUAAAGUCCAACACACCACAUACUAAUGUACUAAAUGUUAACUUUCUAAUACUACCAAGAGGGACUGAUAGAAGAGUAUGCCUUCCUAAAUAAGGGCAAAGUUAUGGCGCUUGGAGUCCAUCAGUGCUGUUGGCUGGAUAGACCAGACCAGUGGUGCUAUAGUUGACUCAAAUUAAUUUUGUCCAAAUUGUUAAACUUUAGAUGGCUCACUCUCUCCUCUCUGGAGGUGGCUACACUGCAGACUGCUCAUGAGUGGUCCUACACUCUGCACUAAUAAACAGUGAGUUCAGCUGUUUGUAAAACGAUAGCAGCUAUGGUAUGUCUGCCAUCCUUUUAUAAUACAGUUCCAUUCAUCUUCUGUGAUACGGGUUUGAAUGAUAAGAUCACUCCCCUUAGACCAGAAAGAGAUGCUCCUGAUGGAAACCUCUCUGAUGAGGAAGGAGUAUGUGGGGGUGUAGCCUCUAAGCAUUCAUAGUAAGUGACAAUCCCUCUAGGUUCAAAAGGAGGGUUCGUUUGUGGCAAUAACCUUAAUAGGAUUUAUAGAGUACCUGAAAAUGUCUGCUUUGGGUAUUGUUUGGAGAAUGAUAAAUAACCCCAAGCAAAUUAGAUUUUAGAGUCCUCUAUACCUUUCAUAGAACUAAAUGUGUUGCUUUUUUAAUAUAUAUAUUUUUUUAAAUAAUCUAGCUUUGUUUGAAACUAAAAAGGAUAAAUUGACAAAUAAUAUAUUUAAUGUUUUUAACAGAAACACAAAUUAUGGCAUUAGCUUUACGUUCCAUGCUUUAAUUCUAAAACUGGUACAGUAACCUUUUCUUCAAAUGUAAGCUGCAAUAUAUCCCAAAAUAAAUGCUGCAAAACCCCUUCAGCCAACUAUUUCCAAUACCAAAGGUGUGUCUGUGGUAUUUGGUUUUCUGUUGCUGAAUCUUGAGCCAGAGAUUCACGUGAACUAUAUACAGAAAGAGAUGCCUCUGGGGAGCAUGUUACAAUGACACAAUAUCAUGGUAUAGAAAAUGCUAUUUAUACAUUAUACAUAUAUCAUUCUAUGUAAAUCCCUUCAUGCCAUUAGGGCGGUCCAUGUUGUCCUAAAAAUAUUAAAACUGUUAAGACUACAUGGUAUGUCCCGCAUUUUUUUUGGUGAGGGUAUAAGAACUAAUAAAGUAAAUAUUGUGCUGUAAUAAUGAAACCCUUUUCUCAUGCAGGCUUAAAAGGGAUACUCCAGGCACCCAGACCACUUCUGCCCAUUGGAGUGGUCUGGGUGCCAACUCCCACUACCCUUAACCCUGCAAGUGUAAUUAUUGCAGUUUUCAUUAACUGCAAUAUUUACAUUGCAGGGUUAUGUCCUCUUUCACUUCCGUGUUCAUAGAACAUGAAAAGUGUUUCAAAACGACGCUGGACGCCCUCACGCUAUGUGAGGAGCUCCAGCAUCGCCGAAAUCCCCAUAGGAAAGCAUUGUAUAAUUCGCAUUAGGUCUCCCCUGCCGACGGCCGUGCAUGCGCAUUAGGUCUCUGGCAGGGGAGGAGUCUAGGCAGAGCCUGACGCAGCGCCGAGGGACAUCGGCGCUGGACUCCGGUAAGUCACUGAAGGGUUUUAACCCCUUCAGCAACUUGGGAUGGGGGGGUGGGAGGUAGAGGGGCACUGUAGAAUCCCUUUAAGAGUCACUGUCAGGGGAGGUGUGGCUAGGGUUGUAUAAAUAGAAACCUAUAUGGCAGAUACUUGAGCAGUGACGCUGCAGGCUGAUAAAGGUUGCCUACCCAGAUUAAUAAACUAAUACUGUUUUUAUUAAGCAAAAUUUUUGGUGCUUAGAGUACUCCUUAAGAGAUAAGUGCAUAUCAAUGUGCUUACUCAUGUUAGUAGCUGAAACUUUGCCUUGAGUCAUGAUUCCUACAGAUCAUAAGCGGUUUUUGAGAUUUAUGCCAAAAUACAUGUCAAAUACAGUAGUUCUUACAUCUAACACAAACAUUGCUUUCAGGUUUCUGUACUCUGACGAGGUGCAGAUCGGUCCCGAGACUGUCAUGACUACGCUGUAUACAGCCAAGAAAUACGCAGUUCCUGCCUUGGAGGCACAUUGUGUUGAGUUUCUCAAGAAGAACUUGCGUGCUGAUAAUGCCUUCAUGUUGCUUACCCAGGUAUAUAAUAUUUGGGGAGGUGGAGUUAAUGCCAUUUACCAAAGCUUUGUAAUUCACCAAUUUAACUAAUUAACCCCUUUAAGGACACAUGACAUGUGUGACAUGUCAUGAUUCCCUUUUAUUCCAGAAGUUUGGUCCUUAAGGGGUUAACAGAGUUUCUCCUCCUAAAAUGUUGUCAGAUUAAACUAUGUACAAUAAUCAGUUUCCUUUGACCAUCGCCUUGGACAGCAAUUUCUCCAAAAUGAAACAUUCUAUUUACUUUGCAUUGUACUAUAAACAUAUUUAAGGAUUAAUUUGAGUCAAUCUCUCUCCUGCUCCCCCUCCCAUAUUGUUUGGGGGGUUAAUGGUUAGGUAUAUAGAUAUAAUUUUAGUAAUUUAUUUAUUCAAAAUCUGAAACCAUAAAAAUCACUGCUGCAUUGAUUCCACAAUGUCUGUCUUUUUUUUUUUUAAAAUACAUUUUAUAAUUACUUUUUUCCUUCCAGGCUCGGCUCUUUGAUGAACCUCAGCUAGCCAGCCUUUGCCUCGAAAACAUAGACAAGAACACGUCCGAUGCCAUAAAUGCGGAGGGAUUUACUGACAUUGAUUUAGGUAAUUUCCUUAAAGCAUUUAACCAUGAGCACCAAAGGACUGGUCUGUUACUGGGAGAGUUUGUUAGUUUGGUGAUGAAGUUAUUUUUCUAUGUCUUUGUUUCUUUGCUGUUAUUGCAUGUCCGUGUAUAAGAAGGGUAAGGGUUGCAGGUAUUUCAGUGCCUUACGCUGGUCAUGAUUUACCCGUAUACUGUCACAAAUAUUAUAUAUGCACUCACACAAUGGAAUGUAAACGUGUAAUGUUAACAUAAUAUGCAUAACAUUUCUGUGAGGUGUGCACUUGGGGAUCACGUUAAAGAGGUGAUGCCACAUAAUAUGGGAGGGGACCCCACCUUCUUUAAUAAACCCUAGUUAAUGGUUUUGAUGUAGCAAGAAUUCUAAUUGCACUUUAUUUUGUGAAAACAAUUGCUGAUAUUCAGUUACACCUCUCUAACUUACUAUGCAUAUGUCACUCACAGUCAGCAUGUAUGUGUAAGCAGAAAUAUUUUAACCUCUCUGUAGUUGUAUAUAUGUGACAGAAAUAUAGCAUGAUCCAGUUUAUACAGCUGUAUUGAAGUGGAGUGUUCUUUUAACUGGUUACUCUGUUACUACAUUUUUAGUGUUUAUCACAAAUCUUAACAAGUACUUGAAAAUAUUUUCCUGAGUUCAGCUAUUAGUCUUAAACUUUCUAUUUCAUUGUCAGUUCACCAUUUCUUGGUUUAGUAAAUAUCCCCACAAGGUAAAACAUUUUUUGAAAAUCCACUUAAUAUUGUGUUUUCCUAAUGAAAAUUCAUGACGUGUUAAAGGGUCAGUCUAGGCAACAUAAUCACUAUCAUAAUAACUACCACCACUUUAGGACUCUGACUCUUAACUGGAUGAUGAUACCAUGGGACCUCUGGUACCGUAACCAUAACACAGUGUGCUAUAGUAUUCAUGGUGUGUAGACUGACCUGUUAAUGGGUGAAAGGCUUCCUAUUUUAUUAGCUGUUAAACUGAUCUGAGUCUUUAUAUCAAUUUGCUAAUAUGGCUAUUCACAAAAUGGCUACAUUUGGAAAUCUGACCUCCUUCCUCCCUGGCUGAGGUCAUCAGUGUCUAUGAGCUCUGCCAAUCCAGUGCUUCCCCAUUAGGAGACCAGAGCACACUGCACUACGUUAAUCAAAUGCUCUCUAUGAGAGUUAUAAGCAAGUUUAACACACAGCAUGACAGCCACUAGAGGUGCGUAAACCCUGCAAUGAAAACCUUUCUGUUCCUGCAAACCGCAAUGUUUUCAGUUACACCGUUAAACAGACUGGGACGUAGCACCCAGAGCACUUCAUUGAGAUGACCUGAUCUGAGUGCCCAUAGAGCUCCUUUAAAAUACAUUUUUGUUUCAUUUACUUACACUUAAUACAUCUGUAACAUUUAAUUAGGGAAGUAAUAGCUAUUCAACGUGAUGUAAUUUCAAGUUGUUUACUGUUAUUUACCUUUUUGUUAAAGUAUAUACCUUCUUAAGGAUCUCUCCAGUGGCAAAAUUAGAUGAGGUGUCCAGGUGAGAAGAAAAUUUCAUGAACAGCUGCUGCACAGUUAGUUCUAAAAUAGCCUUGAACACUAUAACAUUUUAACACUCUGUUUUCAUUUUAAAACCUUUGUUGUCUGUUGUAAGACUGAAGCACCCUGUAAAACGUAUUUAUUUUUUUAAUUAUAAUGUGACUGGAUUUCUCCUGUGUAUUGCACUGAGCUCUGCUUUUCCUUGAUGGCCUACAGCACCGCUCCCUUGUGCUCUUCUUGCAGACACGUUGGUUGCGGUGCUGGAACGAGACACUCUGGGGAUCCGCGAAAUCCGACUGUUUAAUGCAGUGGUGCGCUGGUCAGAGGCAGAGUGCCAGCGGCAGCAGCAGCCCAUCACCUCUGAGAAUAAACGCAAGGCCCUCGGCAAGGCGCUCUCUCUCAUUCGCUUCCCACUUAUGACUAUCGAAGAAUUUGCUGCAGGUAUAUGUAAAGUAAUGUCUGUGGUGCCACGUGAUUUAAAAAAAAUAAAAUAAAAUUAUUAGUGUCUGAUUCUGUAAUUGGAUCAUAAUUCUGAAAGUGGAAGUUAUAUUUUAAGUUUAGAUAAAGUACAUAUAUUGUAGAGCUCCUUAAAAUAUCCUUAUUUUUAUAACGCACAAUAUAGCCAAUGUAGCGUGCUUAGUAAAUAAUAAAUAGUGUAAAUAGAACAUAUUUUAAUGACUUCACGGCAGAUUGCCUUUCUUACCUUGUCAUUUGAAAUUGUGACACACGGCUUUAAGUGUAAACAAAGCUGAUCUGUCCUGCCUGAGACAAAUUGAGAUACAUACAAAGAAGCUAGAUUCUUGGUAAGUGCCUGCUUUGUUCACAAUUUGUAAAUAGUAAGGUGUCAUGAAAAAGUUCACUUCAGAACGCUUUGCCUUGCUGCAUCAAAACCAUUAUGCUCAUUUUGCCCAAAGCACAGAAAUACCAAGAUUGCUCUACAAUAUAUAUAUAUAUAUAUGAUUUUUUUGAUGGAACUUCCCUUUAAAAGUAGAAUUUGAUUAAAGAUGUUGUUUAAAAAACAUCUGUUACAGGGUUGUGGACUGUGGAGGUGAAAGGGGUAAAAACGGCAUCUAUUUUCUUUAAAGUUCUUAUUUUCUAACUACAUGUAUUCUAGUAUCUGUGUGAAUGUUCAUGCAAGAUAUGUGCAAGGUGCGAGAAUAAUUUAACAAGUGCUAAAGCAGUAAAACCCGUAUCAUAUUGUUCCUUAUGUUUUAAGGGCAUGUUUAUUUUUAACAAGGAUUGGUUAUCUGAAAAAGUGGAUAUAUGCAAAAAUACAUUCAUGUUUAGAUUAUGUAGCUAGGGAAUUGUAUAAAUUCUGAGUAAAUCCCUUAUUCAGGGCUUGCAUUGACUCUCCCUUGGAGGCCACUUUUGUAUGUUCUACAAUAAAGGACUCAAAUGGUCAUAUGUGUCUUCUCUGGACAGUGUGUAGAGGAGAGACAAUUACGGAUACAGAACUGUUCAUCCUAGGAGCAUACAUACCACAAAUUAAUAAGCAAAUUCAUAAUUCUGUCUUAGAUUUAUUUAGUAGUGUAACUUCCAAAUAUGUUCUCUUGUGUAAAUGAAGUCUUGUUUAUAACCUCACUAUUUUUACACCGUCUUGAAAAGUAAUACCUUGUAUUCCAUGCAGAUUUAUCCUACAUAAGGACAUUUUGGUGGAUUGACCAGAGAAUUUCAGGUCAAAAAUGAGUUUGGGGGGCGGGGGGUGAAUCUACUGUUGUACAGCUAGAUAUUUGCCUGGUACAUUUCUGACCAUUCCUGUUUUUAGUCAAUAACCAUGUGUUUUCAAAUUUCACAGCAGUUUGGAAACAAUAAUUGAGUGAAUAGUUCUCUGUAUAAACAUGUAUCCUCCCCUGCUUCUGUGUCAGGUCCAGCACAGUCCGGAAUCCUUACAGACCGCGAAGUGGUCAGUCUGUUUCUGCACUUUACUGUAAAUCCGAAGCCCCGUGUGGAGUUCAUAGAUAGGCCUCGGUGUUGUCUGCGAGGGAAAGAGUGCAACAUUAAUCGCUUUCAGCAGGUAGAGAGCCGGUGGGGGUACAGCGGAACCAGUGACCGAAUAAGGUACCGUGCAAAGUUCUAAUCUUGUAGAAAACAUUGCAGUUCUGUCACUAAAUGUCUCUCUCAUGCAAGACUGAACCUGAUAGAGGAUCAUUUAGGCGAUCAUCAUAUUCUAGUCAUUUGUAUGACAGCAGAAGCGAGUUUUUGAAAACCAAUUUCCAAACCGCCUUGCUCCUUAGGGUUGGCCCCUUGUACCUCUCUUCAGAGGUUAGGGAGGUGACAUCCCCACUGCUUGCAGAUCUGCCUUUACUUCACUGUGUGCACGUGCCUACGGUAUUAUUUAUUUGUACAAAAUCCUCUUGAUAAAAUUGUAUCAAUCCAUUUUUAGCUAGUCUGUUAAUACGCAUAGGAAGCUUACAGCAUUCUGCAGCACUCUUUUGGAUUAAUGCAGGAUUAAUAAUAAUACUGGCAUACGUCACUAUAUGUGCACCGAUACAUGAAAAUAAGAUUAAAUUCCAGCAAAAUGUGAAAUAUUACCUUAACUUUCAUCCUCCUCCUUACUAUAAACAUUUAUCCUAGUGCAGUUAUCGGUCUUCUAAACUUCCAUGUAUGUAUGCAGUGCUCCUUGUCUUACAACUUUUUUUUUCUUUUCGAACCAGUAGUUGUGAUUUUAAUAUAAACUUCUUUUUAAUUAUUCUAUAUUGAGAGACUACCUGCAUCCUGGUGUAACCAUUAAUUAUUAUUAUUAUUAUCAUCGCCAUUUAUAUAGCGCCAACAGAUUCCGUAGCGCUUUACAAUAUUACUGGGGGGAUUUAACUAUAAAUAGGACAAUUACAAGAAAACUUACAGGAACGAUAGCUUGAAGAGGGCCCUGCUCAAACGAGCUUACAGUCUAUAGGACUAUCGGUGCAAAUAUGUGUAUGCAACUGAGAUUUUCCCCUUGUGUUAAUGUAAAUCUAAUAAAUUAGCAGGGAAAUUCUUAAACUAUAUUUUAAAACAGGGUUUUGUGGUUUUUGUGUUUUCCUCUUCCUCUCUUCACUAGUAGGCCCAUGCAUGAAAUCCUGUGACUGAGAUUACAUCUUCCUCGAUUUAUCACCGCAAUAGUAGCAAAGGAACAGGCACAGUUCUGUAACAAAGAGAGAUUCUGGCAUUCUGAUCUAGUAGUGCAGAAGUAAAAUGCUGUUGAAUGUGGGAAUGUUUGUUGAAAAGAUCAUACGGUGAGAUAUGUGCAAGAGUAGAGCUUAAGGAAACUGAGUGAAUGUGGUUCAGGAAGCCCUGAGUUUGCAGGUGUUGAAACAAAAUUCCUCUAGUUAAAUUAUUUAGAUGACUGAGAACGGGGCUACCCACGUGACAAGCCAUCAACCAUUUGCUGUUAGUUUACUGUGUCCCUGGAGGAAUAGCAGCAAUUUUUGACACUUCUCCUCAAAUGGCCAUCUUCUAAACAUCGGCAUACUUAUGUACCUGUCAGAACCAUGUUAUUUGGUGAGAGUCACGAUAAUCCUUUUGGUUAGUCACACCAUGAUUGCAAUCCUCUGCGCAUUUUGUCCUAUGGGACUUUUUUAACUUCUUAAAUACUACGUUUUAAUACACUUUAUGUUUGCGUUUUGUUUCACUAGUUCUUGUUACCUCCUCCAUUCCUCUGUUUCUCUGCAAUCCUCUGCGCAUGCAUCAGCUAGAACAUUUUUUUUUUUUCCUGUUUCAUGCUUAUUGUACAUUGUAUUUCAAAGGGCAUUUUAAAAGACCAUUGUGGCUGUGGAUAUGCCACCAAUUGUUGGAAAUAAAAACCAUUGCCUAUGCUGCCAAGAUCUGAUUUGACAACCAAUCUAGUCGAAGAUUUGGCCGACGUGACUCUUUGCCCAGUUACUUUGUUAAAAGCAGUACUUUGUUACAGUUCUGUUUAUGGAUUUGUAUACCCACCCAAGAUAAAGGAGUGUAUUGGCUGUGCUGUAUGCUGAUAACUUUAGUAUGUAGUUUACUGAUAAACUUAAAGAGUGUCUGCUGGCUUAUUGUGAAAUCUUUAUCUCAAAUUAAAUUAGGUUGACACCCAGUUUAGAAGAAGAACCAAGUUGCUGAUAUGUCUGUGUUAAAACAUUCCAGGUUUUCAGUUAACCGCAGAAUAUUUGUUGUGGGUUUUGCACUGUAUGGCUCGAUACAUGGCCCUACAGAUUAUCAAGUUAACAUACAGGUAUGCAUUAUUUUAAUUUAUAUAUAUUUUUUUUAUAUUUUUUUUUCUGUAUCGCUGUAUUGGAUCAUAUGUUAAAAUUAAAGAAACACUCCAAGCCCCAUAACCACUAUAGCACCCCCCAAUUUUACUGUUAGCCCCCCCCCGGCUCCACUCCCCACCUUUUCUCAAGUCAGAAGCUCUGUGUUGAGCAAUAUGAUUUAUUGUUUUUGUCUUUUUAUGCGUUUGGUUAAACCAUAUAAUUGAAUGGAGUGGGGAAAAAUAGAAAUGAGAUAUCAUCUAAAUGGAAACUUGCAGCUCUCUAAUAGGUUAAUGGCAGAGCUGGUCAUAAAUGCAAAAAUAGGUACUUAAAGUGACACUGUAAAAUCUUUAUGUAAUACCCAUACUGUGACGUAAUUUCACUGAAAUUCCAACCUAAGCAAAAGAUAUAUUGAGACAAAGUAAGGAUACUGUGUCUCGGCAUAUUUCCUAUACCUGACACUUCUAGAUACUGGGCGGAGCUACCGCCGUGUAAAUGUGUCAAUCUCCCAAACACCAGUGGCGAUGUCAGUAAGGGAUCCCCAGACAGUGACGCUUUAAAUGGUUUUAUUAAAAAUUGAGAAUGAAUAGAUUACAUUCCAAUGAAACCAUUCUAGUGCAUGUCUCAUUCAUUAUGAGAAACCUGCAGGCAGCACUCCCUUAGAAACUUAUAGAAAAUCAAGAAUUAUCUUAAAUCUUGGUGUGUAUGUGUGUUUUUGUUUUUGUUGUUGUUUUUUUUAAAUAUACUUUCUUAUGUAUGUUAUCUCAGUGAGGGAGCAUAUACAGCCGGAGUGUCCCAUUUUAAAUGGAUUAAAUUUGGGGAAAAAAGAUAAAAUUUGAAUUAAUAUCUAAUUUUUUUAUUAUUCCAUCUAAUUCUUGUCCAAUCCUUUAUUUUUCAGAUAAUCCACACUGACAGUAACACCGUGCUUGGUCAGAACGACACUGGUUUCAGCUGUGAUGGGUCCUCCAGCACCUUCCGGGUCAUGUUUAAAGAACCAGUAGAAAUCUUACCCAAUGUAAACUACACGGCCUGCGCCACAUUAAAGGUGCUUUUAACUAAAUAUGGUUAUUGACCAGAAACACUACUGUGGAUAGAACAGAGACCUGAACAUUCCAAAGAUGUUUUGGGUUUCGUGUUGAGAAUUUUAUGCCCUCAAACAAUUGCACCAUUAAUAAAACUAACACAAAUUAUGGGUAGAACCCUAAUUUGUGUUAGUGUUUGGUGAGUUAUGGGUUAAGGGGAUACCCCACUGGAGUGUUUUGAGCACCCAUUACCAUUACCACUGUGGACAUCUUGUAUUUUUAAAUUGCACCACUACUACGCAAGUUACCUUUUCAGCGAAUCAUUUAUUUCUCUUGGCAGAGAAGCAUAAUUAGAAAUGGAAUUGUCCUCUUAAUGGGGUCUAAAAUACCAUAAGUACCAGCUAUAUUUUAAGGUGUAGUUCUAUAGGCAAACAAAAGUAGUUUUUAGAAAUGCAGUUGUUUGUAUGUAGUGAAUGUGCCCUAAAGUGUUACCUUUAUAGGUAAAUUAAAAAACAAAAACGGAAGUGAAUUUUCCAGCUGCCCUUAGAUCUAGAUCCUUGUCAGUUUCUACUGUACUGAUCUAGCGGGUGCUCUGCUUCACCACCACUACCAUAAAUUAUUUAAUGGGACCAGUCCAUCAGCCUGCUGUUCCCCCUUCCUGUCCUUGGUUAAGUUACACAAGCAAAAUCUCAUGCCUUAGCCUCUUGUUUUAAAUUUUAGCUGACCGCUCUGGCGCCUAAUACUACCUUUGUAUAUCCUAAAGGCCCACACCGAGGCAAGGUACACAUUUUUUCAUCUUUUGUGAUUCAUACACCUAUUCCAGUUUUUAUAUCAUUGAUCUGUGUAUAUUUCAUAAAUGUUUUUGUGAUUUAUUAACUUUGACAGUUCCUUAUAUUCUUUAUGUUAAAGUUGUUUAUUUUAUUAGUUUUUUUUAUAAUGUUCAUUUAUUGACCGGUCUGUUUGUGGUGUUAUAAAUAUAUGAACAGGUCCAUUGAUUACUCUGUGGUGGUUCUUUUCCAGCCAGGUUGCUGCUUAAGAGAUACUGCUACUUAACAUAAUUGCAGCAUCCCAGCGUGGAAAUAUUUAGAUACAUUGUCACCUGCCACAUUAUAUUCUUCGACCCGCCUCUGCUUUUUUUUUUAUCUAAGAACACGAUGGGAGGAACUAUUUUCAUUGAGUACAUGUUAUAUAGGAACUAGAACAGCUAGGUUAUACGUUGUAUCUGAUCUUUUACAUAUAUUGUUUUAUAAAUUUAGUUUUUUAUAUUUUAUUCGAUCUACUUAAUAUUUUACUGUUGGGGAGCGCACAUACACUUUUUUUACUUCUGCGUUUUUUCUCUCAUCUAGACGCUUAGCAGCCCACCUUAUAUAUUUUUUAUUAUACCUAUUCUCAUAGAAAUAUCCUAAAACCUAGAAUAUUUGGACUGUUUUUAUUGGAGAGUUAACCUCACAGACUAAAACUGUAGAACUGUAACGUGUCCUGUGGGACACUUUCCCUCUCUAUUUGAUUCUCCUUCCCCCAUCCACUUUUAUAUUUUAUUUUUUACACUAGAAUUUUUGACUUUUUUUGGGGGUAAGUUUCCAUUUUCUUGAUUUAAAAACAAGAAACAUCUUUAGUUGGUUAUGAUCUGUCUUUUAAUAUAUCUAAAUGAACAGGAGUAAAAUAACAAGAAUUUCAUGGAGGACUAAACUGUAAUCUUGGAGCCAAGUGCAAUUGGCCUACAUGUAGCAAUGCCCUGAGAGAACCAAGCUUGUUAGAGUGUAUUAGGUUAUUUCCUAGGAAUUUUAGACUGCUGAUGGCAAACCUAAGCAUCACAGGUCUUUGUGAUGUAAAAGGAGUUCAGCCAGAUGUGUCCAUGAUUAUUCAAGAAAUCUUCCUUACAAUGCAAAAUGUUAAUGGUUCUUUUACGCUCCAGAUUGCAAUGUAGUGACCAUUCUCCCCUUGUUUCAAUCAAAAUAGUAUUAAUUACAAAGUAGUGUUGUACAUUUGUCUUGUCUCAUCUUGCUUUUCAGCCUGACUGAAUAUAAUUAUGUCUUUUAGGGUCCAGAUUCUCAUUAUGGUACGAAAGGCCUACGCAAAGUCAUUCAUGAGUCUCCCACCACAGGUGCCAAGACAUGCUUCACAUUCUGCUACGCAGCUGGUAACAACAAUGGAACCUCUGUUGAGGACGGACAGAUCCCGGAGAUCAUUUUCUAUACCUAGGUCAGAAAAACAGACACUCUCUCUCUCGGAAUAUCAGGCCAAGCCUCCAUCCCUCUGGACUGUGGGUGCUAGGCUUGGGUGGCUUUGGCUGGCCAGUUUGUGAGCCUGGAACAUGGCACCUUUUCUGUGGGAAAUGGGUGAGGGAGCACAACAGACUUUAGUGUGGGAACAGUGCCCCAGUAGUGCCACCCACCAUCCCUGUGCCACUUGGCUAGUCAUUUGCUUUAUCUGCUUUUGGCAUGGCUAAUAACAUUAUUUUUGUCCCCUUCCACUUCUCUGCCAGAGACUUACAAUGCCAAAACAGAGAAGCCAAGUGUGCCACCUCAACAGGUAAUGUUUCACUUCAGUGGUAGCUUACUUUACUGGUGGCACCUUAGUCUUUUAGUUGCUACUUUGUUGUUAUGACCGUUACAUUUUUAGUUUCUAAAGAGUUUACAUGGGGAUGACUGAUGCUUUGAGUGGUGUAGAUACAUGGACAUACUUUUAAUUGGUGUGGAUUUAAAAAACAAAAACAAACUUGUGCAGUGUAUAGAAAUGCAUAUAAAAAUUUAUGAUACUGUAAUGACCAAGUACAGUAGAAGAAUUUGCCACUUUUAUUUAAAAAGUCCUGCUCUGGCUGUAGAGGGAUCAUUUAAAAUAGUAAUUUGUUCAUUUUCAACAAGACAACCAAUUUUCUCUACCAAUUUUUUUUUGUCUGUAACAUUUCAUUUCCUGGUGAGUUAGCACUUUGGUCUUGGUGUAUUAUAGCCAAUAUAUUAUUAACAAUAUCAGCUUCUGCCUUCCUCGUUACCUGUGAUACACCAUGUCUCUAACUGUUCCCGUAAUGAAGGGAUGUAAAACCACAUGGGAGCACUUGCGUUAUGAAGGGUAAAAUUCAUAAGCUAUCCCUUUUCUGGAAUGUUUUACAUAUUUAAAGUACUUAGCUCUGUAUUUUCCUUCUAAAAUAUAGGAUGAUCAAGAUUCAUUGCAAUCAUUAAUACUCCUGAUAGUUAGGAUGCUAUGCUUAUUAGAUAAAAAGUGAAAAAUCUUUUUUCUUGGGGGGAAACAAGUAAAACUUCACUGCACAAAGCAAGAUUUUCAAUAACUUCUACAGGGGGGGCAGAAUUGACGAGGUCACAUGAUCUCAGAAUCCUUUGUAAUUAUCUGAAUGUACAUACAGCGGUGGCCUGCUCUUCAGUCUCUUCAGCCUUGUAAAAAGAAAAUGUAAUCAAAGCCCAAACACUGUGUGUCUGUCUACUUGAAUGUAUUGAAAAGUCUCCCAAGAUGACCAUAUUCACACUCCCACCUCAGCCUGCUUGUGUCUUUGUAAAUAGAAAAGAAUAAAUAUGUGCAACAGGUGAUGUUUGUCUUGUUUUACUUGGAUCAUUUAAUUAUAAGACAAAUGUUGUUUUCAAGCAUUAGUCAUACUCCCCAUAGGAUUUAUUUUAUUUACAUAUUUGUCCAAUUAAUCCUCACAGUACACUAUGGGGAAAAUGGAAGUAACCGAUUGGUGGCAAGAAGAGAAAGUAGCAGCAUGAAUCCUUUUGGCUGUGCUGAACCAAUCAACUGUCUGGAAAUCUAUGGACGAAGGAAAUGAUUUGCUGGGCUAUCUAUUCGUUCAUAGCUAACAAGCCUUUGAUUUGUUUAGUAUCAUCUGAUAUAUGCAGGAGUCUGUGGAGAAAUUGUAUAUUAGUACAGAUGGCUAUAACAGAUCUAUCUCCUUGUAAUCAUUAAAACGGUUUUGUGUGUGUCAAGGAGAUACUCCAAAUUUACUAAACACGUUCCAUAGCUAAAAACACAUUAGGUGUGCCAUCCCGAGACUGUAUGUGAUUAAUGUUGUAAAGAUACUUUUGGAAAGUACAGUGAACAUUGGCGGCAUUAAAGAUGUUACAUAGCAAAAAAACCUCUAUUUUAAUAUAAAUAUAAAAUACAUUUAUAAUAAUUUAAUCUCCAAAAGCCUUUGGUAGCAUCAAAAAUAGGCGAAAACAACUUUUUUUCUUUUUUUUUUUUUUUCCUUGAGUGUUAUUAGGUCAGUCUCAUUGAACAUGUAAAGCUGAUAAGAAACAAUAGAAAGUGGUGUGCGCAAAGAUUGUUUACUGCCUGUUCCUUCAAACAAUAUUUAUUAAGUGAUAAUAUUCUAAUGGAAAUUACAUUGGACGUACAGUGAAAAGCUUCCUUUCGGCAGGACAGAUUUUGGUACAUUUUGGUUUUGCAACAUUUUAUCAAGUUCACCAAAAUCAAUGAAAAUACCCCUUUGUCACAUAGCAUAAUAAAUGAGACACCUGGGAGAUUGCAUGUUAUGAACUACUUAAGGAUCCUUCGAACCAGUAUCACUAAACACUCUCUAUAGCUGAAAAACUUUGUGUGAAGUCUUGACACUUUUUUUUUUUUUUUUUUUAAUAAAUUGAAAUGGUUACACCCCCUUGGCGUUCACUAUCCUGGUACUUCCUGGUUUGGUUAUCUCAGUGGAGCUAAAUUUAAGAAGCCGCAAUUACUCAGAGGAUCUGCCUUGCAAAAGACGUCUCAUAGAGCUGCAUUGGGAAGUCUGUGAUUGGACAGCCACAGAAAGACUAGAUAGGGCUAGAAGGGGAGGGUUAACAAAAGCAACAGACACGAUAACUGCAGGUUUUUCAAACUUUUUCUUUUAAAUAUACUUCCAAUAAAAAAUGCAUAAUUAAUUAUGUGCAAGUUUUCUUUUGGGGUAUAUCUGCUUAACGGUGAUUUUUAUUUAUUUUGUAUUUGGGCAGUGGAGUGUCCUUUUAAAAUGAGACAAACUGAUAAAAUAUAUACAAAAAUAAAAUAAAACACAUACAAAAAAAUAUAUAAAAACAGCCAGGCAAAGUGAAGUAAAUACAAAAAUGUUAAUACAUUGAACAUUUGACCCUCUUCCACUCUGCUGAGACUGCUCUUAUUAAAGUUACUAAUGACCUAAUCGCAGCUAAAUCCAAAGGCCACUACUCCUCCAUACUAAUUCUUCUUGACCUCUCUGCUGCCUUUGACACCGUUGAUCAUGCUCUCCUUCAAACGCUUCAAUCACUCUGUCCUCUCAUGGUUUUCCUCUUCUCUCUCCCAACGCUCAUUCAGUGUCUCCUUUUCUAAUGACACCUCCUCACCUCAUCCUGUCUUGGUUGGAGUCCCCCAAAGCACUCUGUCCUUAGUCCCCUUCUAUUUUCUCUUUAUACUGCCUCUCUUGGCAAACUUAUUAACUCUUUUGGAUUCCACUACCACCUGUACGCUGAUGACACCCAGAUUUAUCUCUCCUCACCGGACCUCUCCCCUGCAGUCCUGCAAAGUGUCACUGCUUGUCUUUCUUCCAUCUGACUGGAUGUCCUCCCGCUUUCUGAAACUCAAUCUCUCUAAAACUGAGCUCCUUGUCUUUCCUCCUAAUACUGAUCCUCCUCUUUCGCUCUCCCUUCAAGUUAGUGGUAUCCACUUCAGUCCAUCAUUGCAAGCGCGCUGUCUUGGGGUCAUACUUGAUUCUGGCCUCAUCUGUAGAUUCUAUCUUAAAAACAUAGCCCACAUCCGCCCCUUUCUUAUGCAAGAUGCUACUAAGGAGCUUGACCAUGCUCUAGUAAUUUUCCGCAUGGGUUAUUGUAACUCUCUCCUAAUUGGUCUUCCCAAAAGCUGUAUUGCCCCCACUACAGUCUGUAAUGAAUGCUGCCGCCAGACUGAUUUUCCUCUCUAGUCGGCUCUCACACCUCACCCUUCUGUCAGUCCUUACAUUGGCUUCCUGUAUCCUAUAGGAGUCAAUUUAAAGUACUAACCUAUACCUAUAAAGCAUUGAACAUUUCUAGCUGUCUUCAAUCUCUUCACAGAUCCAUAGGUAUGGCCCUUCUCAGUCUUUCCGCUCUGCCCAUGACCUCCUCGCCUUACGGCCAACUCACGCUUGCAGGACUUCGUGCGAGUGGCUUGCUUCCUAUGGAAUAGCCUGCCUACCGCUAUCAGACUCACCCCUAGUCUUCAAUCGUUUAAGAAGUGCCUUGAAACCCAUCUAUUAUGGCUUUCCAGAGUAAUAUCUACAUCACAUACCUGUUUUUUUGCUCUUUCCCAAAGUGCAGCACUUUACUCUCUCCUCCAGCUCUGCUUUACUUUGAUUGCUAUUUUCUGGCCUAUUUUGUUUUACACCGCACCUCCUAUAGACUGUAAGCUCAUUUGAGCAGGGUCCUCUUUAACCUAGCAUUACUGUAAGUUUUCUUGUAACUGUCCUAUUUGUAGUUAAAUCCCCCUUCUUAUAAUAUUGUAAAGUGCUACAGAAUCUGUUGGCGCUAUAUAAAUGGCAACAAUAAUAAUGUAUUUAAAACUAGAACCCUUCAUUUGUCCUGUUUUUAUUUAAUUUCAUGCAAAAGGUGAGGCUGCUGGGGGGCAGUCUAGGGCAGCAGGAUUCACAAUGAGAAGGCCAGCCGAGGAAGUGUUAUGCUCUGGGCAAUGUUCUGCUGGGAAACCUUGUGUCCUGACAAUCAUGUGGAUGUUACUUUUACACAUACCACCUACCUAGAGAUUGUUGCAGACGUUGGUGUUGCUACAUCUUAAUGUCAGCUUUACCCUUUUUAAUAAAAAUAAAUUUAUACUUAUCCAUAUACUGUUAGCCUUCAAAAUACCAAUAGCAAAAAAUUGAAAAUCAGCACGAGUAGAAUCUUAGCAAUCUAUAUAAGGUUGUAAAACAUCAAUGGAAAAUGGAAAAAAGAUUGUUGCAGACGUCUUCAUGGUGUUCCUAAAAAUUAAAAAAAAUGUCCAGGAAUGGUUUAAAGAACAUGACAAAAAGUUCCCCAAAACUCAAUCUAAUUGAGCAUUUGUGGGAUGUGCUGGAACACAUCUUGUCGAUGGAGGCCCCACCUCACAAUUUACAGGACUUAAGGGAUCUGCUGUUAAUAUCCUGGUGCCAGAUACCACAGGACACGUUCAGAGGUCUUAUGGAGUCUAGCAGCAAGACCUGCACGAUAUUAGGCUGGUGGUUUUAAUGUUCUGGCUGAUCAGUUUAAGUCCCUAAUUUUGUUAUCCUUAUGAAAAUGGGUGGAUCUAAAAUAGUUCAUUUUAGUUUCCAAAGUUGGCCGAAAUUUCGAUUCGGAACCAAACAAAUAAUUUGAUAGUGCUGCUGUAUAUAUUAUACCCUGAAUUGCAUUCUGAUGAAUUUAUGUAAAUACAUUUCAAUGUAUGUUUUAUUAAACAGUGCCACAAGGCCAGAUGCAGUAAUCUGUAUAGUUUAUAUUUCAGCCCAUGCUCUCAACAAGCCUUAUCCGUGAAUGGGAAGGAAAGAGCUUACAUACUAAUCUAGGUUUUAUUAAAAAAAAAAAAGACUCCAGCCCAUCAAGUGCAACUGUCCUCACAUCUACAGUAAAUAUGUGUACGGUUGAACUUGAUGGAUUUGAGUUUUUUUUUUUUUUUUUAAGUCUAGAUUACUGUUACAUAUUUUUAUGAUAACUUUAUUUCCACAAGUUACUAGGCAGCACUUUUGUGUUCUACCUCAGGGGUGCCCAGAAGGUAGAUCCCCAGAUGGUGUAGAACUACAGCUCUCAACUAGUAUGGCAUGGAUUCUUGUAAAAAUCACUACCAGUGUAGCCCACUUUCGAACAUGAGAUUGAGUUCAGAGUCUUCUAACAAAAACUUGGCAAUAAUGGUGCUAAAACUGACCUUUUAAAUAAACUACAAAAAAAUGUGAGAGGGGAAAAAGUGCAUGAUAAAACCGUAUGAAAUUACUCCUUACCACAAUAUAUAGUUAUUGCACUAUAAACAAUACCAAACUUGAGGGUAAAGGAUUUUCAUUUACCAAUAGUUAAAUUUACUUGUCAGAAUUGUUAAGGAAGAAUUUUUAAAAUUAUUCACAAAGACAAAUUUUUUGAAAAUAAAAUUAAAAACCUUCCUCCUAACAACUUUAUUUCAACGUGUCAAGAAAGAUUAUUCUUUUAGAUCGGAAGUUGGAAUAAUAUCAUAUAAACAGAAAUAAUCCUCCUGAUGCUGAGUAUUGAAUAAAUGUAGAAAAACAAACAAUGUUUCUACUAUAUCUUCAGGAUAACAACCUUCUUGGUUUGAAACUAAGGAGGUGUCUUUCUAACAAAACCCUUGUCGGUGUCCAUUGCGUUGAGGCAGCUCUGAAAAUAAACAACUUUCUGAAACCCAAGUAAGAUCCAGCUCUCCAGACACAUGUCUGAGGAUAUCUGCCAACAUGCGGUAAACGUGGUCAACUGUUUGAGUUUUAGAAAUGUUUUUCACAUGCCAGUGUUUUACACCAACAUUUGUGUUGUGUGCUAAAACAGCCAAUUUGAUUCGGGCAGCCAUUCCAUCCUUGGAAAAACGUACAUGCUUUGGGCAAAACUUUAAAACCAAACUGCGGAACAAAUCUAUACUGCCAGUGUGGCAAAAAUGUGCCAUUUGCUUAAGGUCUUUUUGCAGCUGUUUGUUCUUAACAAAGUUUGUAAGUUGUAAGUGGACUGGACUAUCUCGAACUAACCAGGGUCUUCUUCCCAUAUCCUUUUCCGAAAGUUCUGAAUGUGGGCACCCAUCUAUCAGAGUUCCAGAAUCCCACCUGUGCUGAUUAACAACAUGCAGAAGAACAGAGUUCCACUGUUCCCUCAUUAAAUUGACAUUGCCUUUACAGUGCAAACUUGACAUCCACAUUUGAUUUAUAAUGGCUUUUCGCCAAGGUAUUAGCUGUUUACAUCUUUUCCGCUUGGUAAGUCUUGACAAUUUUCUUUUAAGGUGCCAUAAGUCAAACUGAUGGUUUAUUUGUCUGUAUUCAUCUCGCAUGAUUUUAGUUAUUCCAAUAUGCCUGUCUGUUGCUAAAUAAGCCACUGUCAAUCCUUCGUCUAAAACAUUUUUUAAACACUUCCGGAACACUUUGGAUUCCGGAUUAACAGAUGACUUGGUUUCAGAUACCUGAAUGGUGUUGCAUUCAAUAAUUUUUUGGGUAGAUUCUUCUAUGAGUGUGUACAUGCAAUAUUUUCUAGAGCAGUGUUUCCCAACCCAGUCCUCAAGGCACACCUACCAGUCCAGGAUUUAGGGAUUACCCAGUUGUGUCUAAGGUGUUUUUACAAAGAAGAAAAAAAACACCUUAGACACAACUGGGUAAUCCCUAAAUCCUGGACUGGUAGGUGUGCCUUGAGGACUGGGUUGGGAAACACUGUUCUAGAGAACACAGGGUGGCCACUUUGUCCAUCUCCAGAAAGGCAAAUUGCCUUGUCCUUCAGAUUAUCAAUAAUAUUAUGUCGAUCUUUGGUAUGGUGAAGAUGAAUAACAGGAAAAAUAAAGUGUUUUUGGUAAUAUGAGUGAACAGUUUUUGAAAUAUAGGGCAUGCCUAAAAUGCUAAACAUUUCAUGAACUUUGGAAUAAUGUAAACCACUUAACAGAACAGCCGCACUUGAUAGGAUAUUUCCACAGGAAUGAGUCCCUAUCAUGGGUUGGCUUCUCCAAAAAAGGUUUCUGUGAUUAUUUUCACAUGUUAAAUAAACAGUCAAUAAAGUUCCAAUGAUGUUCUUUUCAACUGUGAUUAUGGAUGAUUUGCAAGUGUCAGCGUGGCAAGAGAAUUUCACUUUUGACAACAAUUGAUCUAGACAGCUAUCAAACACAAGAAAUUUCUUUUCAGACACAAAAUCUUCUGGUGUACGUUCAAAUGUACGGUAUCCAACAUGUUCCUCGCAUUCAGGGAUCAAAUCUGGAUUGCCUGUGGUAAUAUGUUGUUGAGGCGUUGUCUCCACUGCAAGGGGUAUACCUGAAAUGACACCAACAGGUUGAGGUCUGAACUGAGUUUCUACCAAUGUUGCAGUGUGAGGCUUUGACAGAGUAGACCGAAGCUCAGGAAACUGGAUUGUGUUAUCAGUCUGUGUAAAUGCAUCUGUAAAAGAGGGUUUCUUAUAGUAAUCUGAUGAUAAUUUAAUGUCGUCCUCUAAAGGUCCGGUCCAUGUGAAGGCAUCUUUCAUGACACGGUCCUCUCUUGUUGAAGUCUGUGUGUUCCUUUUUCCUUGAAAAACAGAAGUCUGUGUUUUCAAAGACCUUUUUCCAUAAUAGUUGGAUGUUACGGUACCCUUGUUUGAUGUUCUGACCACCUCGGUAUUCGAGGCUUUGUGAAACAUGAACGUACUUGUUGAAACAGAGUAAUCUAACUUUUCUGAGUAGUUGUGGUCCAGAAGUUCAUUUUGAGAUGGGUAUGAGGAAAACAUUCCACUGUUUUCUUGAAUUUCAAUGGUUGCUAUACUUGGUACUAGAUUCAUAUAAGUAACCACAGGGGCAUCUGUUUCCAUUAGCUCAGGUUUAAUGCACAGAUGUGGCUUUGGUUUUUCUUUUGAGGUUUGUGUGGUUUCAUCAUUACAUGCAAAAAUUGUAGGAACCGCAUCGGGUUUUAGGAAUUUUCUUUGACCAGCUGUGGAGUAUGCCUCUGCUGCAAAAUGAUCGGAACACAUUCUAAAAGUGUUUCUUUUUUUUUCAUCAUGGAUGCUCUGGAUUAAAAGAUUAAUAUCUCUAUAUUCCUCACCAGUAGCCAACAGCCAAGACUUAAUUCUUUUGGGUGAACACGGAAAUGUGUGCAAAGAGAAAGGAGCACCAGUUCCCCUUUGCCUAUUUUUGCAUUUUUUCACGAUACACUUGGGCAUCUUUUUUUGGAUAUCUGAAAUAAUUACAUUUGUUAAAAUUAAUAUCAUACAUUUAAUCUAACUAAAUGAAAUGUGUGAAAGCGAUACAAGAUUCAGUUUGGUAGAGAAAUUAAUAAUGUCGGUCAGGGCAUAUUCAGGUCCUGCUCCCAUCAAUUCUGCCACAGAGAGUCUAUAAUUAAGUUCUUUUCCACCCCAUAUAGGUUUAAUGGGGAACUGAAAAUGUUAGGAUGAAAAAAAAAAAAAAAUGAUAGAAAAUGGAAAGAGAGGCUCGAAGAGUAAAGAAAGUAUGCAGCGUGAGAUGAAAAAGAUACAGAAAGAAGACUUGGGAAGGGAGAAUUAAACAAAAGGUAGUGGUUAUGAUGAUUGGAGUAAUUCCUGAAGUUAUUUUGGUGUAUAGAUUGUGACCCUGCUCAGUUAUCUGCUGUUAAGCAGUUACAUCCCUUUAUAUAGGCAGCACUAACCAAACCUUCCUUGAGUGUGACUCGCACAUCUUUCAUAAAAAAAGGAAAAAAAGAAAUUGGUUUAAUUUUUACAGCACAAUGUUUACUUUAGAGCUUUUCACCUCCUGCUCUGUUGCUAAUCACACACACAAGACUGCAGUAAGCUAUAGCAGGCUUUUAGCAAAGCAGUUGAUGAAUUCUAAAUUAACCCACAAUUUGUAAUAAGGGAAGAUAACAUAUUUUUACAUUUUCUGUUUGUGGAGGCUGUUGGAGUCUGUGCACCUAUAGUUGUUUUGGUUCCGAGAGUGUCCCUUUAAUGCGGCAAGAAAGAAGGUGGCAGGCGAGGUACUUGUUUUUGUCAAAAUGCUUGAGAAUUGUAUGACUGCAAACCAUGGUGCCGCAUCCAUAAUCUCUUGGCAUCCUAACCUCUGCAAUGACCUCUAUUGAUUACUGUGUUUAGUGUGCUCUUUCAUAUAAACUUGCUGCAUCCAUAACGUACCAGAUAUUUAGUUCAGAUGUAGUUUGUGCUUUUGUGUGACUUAUCCAAAUUACUUUUGCGAAGGUCACUCCGUUUAAAAAGAAAUUAAUACAAUUUAUGUGUGCAUACAUAUACUCUUUGUUUGUUUUUUGUUUUUAUUAAUUUUAAAGGGACCCUAUAGUCACCAAAACAACUUUAGCUGAAUGAAGCAGUUUACUUGAUAGAUUAUGACUCUGAUGUUUUACUAUUUAAUUUCUGUCAUUUAGGAGUUAAAUCACUUUUCUUUCUGUUUAUGCAGCCCUAGUCCCAUCUCCUAUGGCUGUGACUGACACAGCAAAAUGGUUUAAAUUUUCAAUAAGAUGUUACUUAUUUUAAAAGUUUGUAUCUCCUGCUCUGUAAAUUUAACUUUAAUUACAUACAGGGGGCUCCUGCAGGGCCUAGCACGCUAUUAACAGAACAGGAGAUAAAUUCUAAAUUAAACAGAGUUUACAAUAAAGGAAGUAUAAACAUUGGAUGACUCUUUACAGGAAGUGUUUAGGAAGGCUGUGUACGUCACAUGCAAGGAGGUGUGACUAGAGCUGAAUAAACAAAGUGAAUUAUCUCCUAAAUGGCAGAGAAUUGAGCAGUGAGACUACAGGUGCAUGAUCUAAACACCAAAACAUCUUCAUUAAGCUAGAGUUUUUUUGCUGAUUCUAGUGUCCCUUUAACCCCUUAGUGACUGCGGACGUACAGGGUAUAUCAGACAAAAAAAUGGUUGUUAACGAUUGGCUGACGUACCCUGUACGUCCGCGGCAAAUAUGAGCCAUCAUGAUCGCUUCCAGCAGUUACUAAGGGUAUUGCAGCGAUGUCUCGAUGUCGAGGCAUCCUGCAAUAUCCCCCCGAAUGCCGGGCCGCCGAGUGAUCGUUUCCGGGUUGCUCCACAUGUCGUGCUCUGCCUGUCUGCUGAGUGCCUUGAGGGGUUGAGUCACUCCGUAAAAUAAAUGAAAUUUAAAAAUAUAUGUAAGUGACAAUCCCCCUCAGGACCUUGGACUAUUCCUAAAUUAUUUAGCCGAUCGCCUCCGUUACCCCGCCGGCGAUCGGUCUUUCUCUCCGUCUGGGGGGACUGUCUGACAGCCCAGACAGUCCCCCCCUCGGCUAAAUAGGACCCCAUGGGCCAUGUGAUCGCUCUGAAAGAGCGGUCACAUAGCCGCAAUAGGCGUUCAUAGCGUUGCCUGCAGGAGGACUGCCUGAACUGAAUUAAUAAAGUUAAUAUAUUUACAAAAUAUAUAUAUAUAUAUAUAUAUAUAUAUAUAUAUAUAUAUAUAUAUAUAUAUAUAUAAAAAUAGAAAUAUCCCCUGCACUCACGCUUGCAGUAUGGUCCAAUACCGGGCGCACCACCAGCGCUCCAAAGCAUGUAAAAGUCAACAAGAAGGAAGGCUGCUCUCCGGAUUUAAAACAAAAAAAUGUAUUAAAAAUAUUAAAAACCACGACCAACGUUUCGGUCCCCGCUCGGGACCUUCCUCAGGGUCAAAAAUAGAACAACAAGACAUAUAUAUAUAUAUAUAUAUAUAUAUAUAUAUAUAUAUAUAUAUAUAAUAUAUAUACGUCAUACUAAGUGUAUUCUUUUAUUAAUAUAUACAUAAAUCUAAAAAUACACUUCGUGUAAAAUUACACACGUACAUAUAUAUUAUUAUUAUAAAAAAUGUAAAAAUUAUAAUUUUAUUUAAUAAAAAAUUAUAUAUAUGUAAUUGUAUUCUAACUGUAUUUUGAAGUUAAUAUAUAUUUAUAUCAAAAUACACUUAGAAUGAAGUUAUAUAUAUAUAUAUAUAAAAAUAAUACAUAAUAUACAUAUGUCCAUAUACAUAAUUAUAUAAACAAUUUCAUAAAUAUACACGUAGACUUCAAAUAUAUAAAUAUGUAUAUAUAUUUAAAUUCUACGUGCAUAUUUAUGUAAUAUUUUUCCAUAAUUAAGUAAUUUUAUUGAAUGCUAUUUGGGGGACCUGCCUGACAACCCUGGCUGAAAGUCCAGAGAACUUAAUUUGCUAGCAAUAUAUUUAAUCCUGUAACUUUCCAAGACAUCCUAAAACCUGUACAUGGAGGGUACUAUUGUACUGAGGAGACUUUGCUGAACACAAAUAUUAGUGUUUCAAAACAGUAAAACAUAUUACAGCGAUGAUAUUGUCAGCGAACGUGACGUUUUUUGCAUUUUUCACAAACCAACGGCACUUUCACUGAUGAUAUCAUUGUUGUGAUAUGUUUUAUUGUUUUGAAACACUAAUAUUUGUGUUCAGCGAAGUCUCCCGAGUACAACAGUAGCCCCCAUGUAUAGGUUUUAUAGUGCUUUUGAAAGUUACAGGGUCAAAUAUAAGACUUAAUUUUCUGUUUUUUCCCACAUUGAAAUAUGCCACAUUGGUUAUGUUGCCUUUGAGAGCGUAUGGUAGCCCAGGAAUGAGAAUUACCCCCAUGAUGGCAUACCAUUUGCAAAAGAAGACAACCCAAGGUAUUGCAAAUGGAGUAUGUUCAGUCUUUUCUAGGAGCCACUUAGUCACAAACACUGGCUAAAGUUAGCAUUCAUAAUUGUUUUUUGCAUUUUUAACACAUAAACAAAUAUAAAUGCUAACUUUGGCCAGUGUUUGUGACUAAGUGGCUACUAACAAAGAAUGGACAUUCCCCAUAUUGAAUACCCUGGGUUGUCUACUUUAAAACAAAUUGUACAUGUGAGGUGUGAUUCAGAGAUUUAUGACAGAUAACAGUGUUAAAAUGUCACUAUUGAUCAAUUUUAAAAAUAUAUAUUUCCUACUUGUACUUAUAGACCUAUAACUUUCCAAAAAAGCAAAGAACAUGUUAACAUUGUGUAUUUCUAAACUCAAGCCAAAAUUUAGAAACAAUUUUUGUGUUUUUUGGCAGUUGUAGAUGUGUAACAGAUUUUGGGGGUCAAAGUUAGAAAAAGCAUGUUUUUAAAAAAAGAUUUAAUCAUAUUUUAUUUUUUUUGACAAUCUUUAUUUAUUAUUUUAUCUUUUCUUUUUUUUUUUUUUCAUCAAUGCGGAAAGACAAUACAAUUACAAUCUUAGAUAAAGGCCUAUAACAUCGGGCCUAGAGAAUCAUUGUUAUCGAAAAAAUACAGCGAGAUGGUAGCAUCUAAGCAAAAACACAUCGAAAACCACAACCGUAAACACCCUCCCGAACCCCAAGAAUGGCCAGCCUCUCAGUACCCCUUCGGGGGUCACGUGAGGCGAGUAGAGAGUAGGACAUGGUAAUCGCAGCUAUCCCGUUGGCGUCGUAAAACUGUGAUACGUAUCCACCACGUGUGUCUACCGCUACGUCCCCAUGGGCCAAUUGAUGCGCCCGCUCAUGUUCCCUAACCCCGUUAGCCCCCCUCUACUGCCCACCCGGUGUACCAAUGUGCUUAAUAUAUAAUUUAACAUCAGAAUGGCAUCCGGCCCGACAGCUCCCCCCCCACCCCCGUAUUGCUGGAUGCCCCUAUAGAGCAAUUCGGGCGUCUAUUGCCUGGGUAGUCCAUUUGGCUGCGUACCCCCCUACAGAGCCCCGACCCCAUGAAGGCGCAACCGACCUCCUGCCCGCGGGCCAAAUACCUUCCUUGGUGUGGGCCUCUCACCCAUCCCUACCAAGAUCUAUAACCACAUAGCCUCAUCCCCUUCAAGUGCACGUCCGUCUUAUUGCCUGCCGUAGCCUUAUAUCUCCCUCCCUGCGCUUCAAAAUGAUCCGUGAGCUUGGUUAGGGAGUCGGAGAAUUCAUAAACCUAUACCCGUGCGAUCCCCCCCGAUUGUCAACCGUCGGGACGUCAGGACGGGGACUGGAGGAGGAUAGUCAUAGCUGUACUGUCAGGUAAGUGCCGCCCCCAAGGUAGUUCGGAAUCCGUGUAGUUGUCAGUCUGUCAAGGGAGAAAGAAGUUGCGCGGUCGGGGGCGCCCCCCCCCGGCCCCUAAGCUUAAUCAUAUUUUAUGAUUUAUUUUUAUAGUAAAUGAUAUGAUAUGGUGAAAAUAAUGGUAUCUUUAGAAAGACCAUUUAAUGGCGAGAAAAACGGUACAUAAUAUGAGUAAGAGUAAAAUUACAGCUAAACACAAACAUUGCAGAAAUAUAAAAACAGCCCUGGUCCCAAACGGUAAGAAAAUUGAAAAGCGGUCUGGUCACUAAGGGGUUAAGACCACUAUUGCACCCCCAAUGCACACAUGGUAUAAGCCAAGUAUAUGGAGUAUAAAAUAUAGGUGCUCAUGAAGCACUAUGUUAAUCGGCAGUGUGGAAGGUGAAUAUAAAUGGAUGAGAAAGAGUGAAAGGCACAGGUAGUGCAGAUAAUCACCAGAGAUGUAUUCGAAAUUUACCUUUUUGCUGAGAUUUUUUGUGCUUUCAUAGUAUUUUCCUGUAAAAGCAGUGUUGGUCAAACUGUGAAAAUAUUACAAUAAAUGUCAGUGAAAUUUAUUUUAAAAAUUAUUUGAUAGAAACAUCUGUUCAUAUGUAUAAUAAAAUAGACGAUAAAGACACCCUAUGAAAUGAAAUACAAGGUCAUUCACUUCAAUAAGAAUGUUUGGGAAAUCAAAGUAAAUUUAAAAGUUAAAGCCAAAGUAGCUAAACUCUGAUCCCUUGCUGACUUCCAGCUUGGCUAUUUUGAUCUUCUAUUUGAAAUUCACUAUGAAAUCCUGACAAUUCUCAGUUUAGUUAAAAACUCUGCAGGAAGCCAAUACGCUAAGUCUGUACUGUGCUUCAGAUAUUAGAUACAGAACGCUCUCUUGUAUCAUAGUAUUCAUAAAUUUAGUUUUUCUGUUUUGUUUUAAUAAAACAACUUUGUGUACAUGUGUAAAAUGCUUGAAGAAUUGUACAAUAGUGUUACUACUGGUUCUGAGAUUUAUUUGCAAAACAAGAAUAUUUUCAGGGUUAGUGAAUUUCAAAUUUAAGUUCAAAAUAGCAAAAAUUCUCAGCUGUGCUUUCAGUUCAGCUACUCCAACUGUAAAUUUGAAAUUUAAUUUGAAUUCUCACUUUACUGAAUAACCUUGGUGUUAUUUCACGGGAUGCGGUGGUGCAAUACUGUGUUUUUGAUAACAUUAUGCUUGUUGGUGAGGAGGAAGAUGUCAUAAACCUGUCCUCUCCCAUCAUGGACUACCCAGAUGUACACAGACUAGGCUUCGACUGUCCUUUUAAUAGGGGGAUUUAAGUGACCAUACAAUCCCCCAAGACUGAUUUAAAAGAAAAACAUGGUUUCUGGCCCAGUCCACAUUAUGAACGUCACUUAUUGUACAAAAUCAGUACUAUUUAUACUACAGAGCGUACAAGCUGAAAUUCUGUUUUUCAUAAUGUAGGGAUUAUGACCAAUCCAGAUCUGUUGACUAUUCAUAAUUACAACUGCCCAUUUGAGUUUGUGGUACUUUAAAUAAUAGUUAUGCAUCCAACUAGUGCAGGUAAUAAUUUUUUUUUUUACUAGGGUAUUAGGUCACAGGCAAAUUGGUUAUUAGACACAAACACUUUAGAAACUCACAGGGACACGCACUUGGUUUGCUUGGCAAUUUAACCAUACUGAACAUUAGUAUAAGCAUUUAUAAAGUGUUUAAAAUUUCAAGUCCUAUGGUACUAAAAUGGUUACGCGUCAUAGCAAGUCUAGAGGGACUGAAUUUUCACUCACCAAUGGCAAGCAUAAAUGUUGUGUAAAAAAUAAAUUUUUUAUAUAUAUAUAUAUAUAUAUAUAUAUAUAUAUAAUCAGGGACAGGAAAUAUAUAAAAAGGAAAAUCGGCAGAAUGUACGGCAAAUAGCAAAAACUACACCAUAUGGUAGUUUAAUAAAUGUGACCAGCAGUUGGAACUAUGCAUUGAGAUCAGAGAUCACUAUUGGUAGCGAAAACAACUACACUAGUUUACUAGUUUGCCUUUUUAAAACAAAAAUAAAGUGUGUGCCAGUUUAAACAGGAGACAUGCUAUGUUAAAUGGACUCUCCAGUGCCAGGAAAACAAAUCCGUUUCCCUGGCACUGCAGGACCGUGCAGUACCCCCCUCCCAUGUUGCUGUAUGGGUUAGAACCCCUUCAAUGACUUACCUGAAUCCAGCGCUGAUGUCCCUGGGCAAGGCUCCAGCCGGGGGGAGAGGGAGACCUAAUGCGCAUGCGCGGCAAUAGCCGCCCCAAUAGGAAAGCCUUAUUUAAUGCUUUCUUAUUGGGGAUUCCGUCGACGCUGGAGGUCUUCAUGCAUAGCGUCAGGACGUCCAGCGUCGUAUAGCACACUUUACGUGUUUUUAAGAACACGGAUGUCCCUCUAGAGGCUGUCUGAUAGACAGCCACUAGAGGAGGACUUAACCCUGCAAGGUAAUUACUGCAGUGUUUAAUUACACUUGCAGGGUUAAGGGUGAUGGGAGUUGGCAGCCAGACCACUCCAAUGGGCAGAAGUGGUCUAGAGUGUCCCUUUAAGACAGGGAAUUAAAUAAUAAUAAUAAUUAAUGUAAGUGGAGUGACCCUCACACAGUGUAAAUUAUUUAUCCAAUUAUCCUUCUUUUCCUAUGGUGAGCUGGAGGUCAAUGUUAGAGGUAGCCCAGCCUCCCUGCCUGGGGGGAGGAAUGGGGGGGGGUUAAUGCAGGGUAACCAUAGUUACUGUGCUGAGCGGCCCUACACCGCUCUCAGAGAGAGAGAGAGAGAUCACCGGGACUGGGCGGCGCACACGAUGUGACGUCACAGGCAGCCUCCAAGGCUGCUCUCACGGAGGCAGAGUCCAGAGCACCUGCACUGAGCGAGCCGGCGGCGCACGCGAUGUGACGUCACGGAGCCGAGAAGGGAGGGCUGCACCAUGGGGUUCCUGAAGGCGGAAGCCCCGCCCCCAUACAGGCAUAAUGUAAACAAACAAGAUGGCUGCACCUUGACUGUCACUAGCAGUUAAGUACCCAGUGUCAGAUAUCUGGGGGUUGCAGAGUUUGUAAAAAAAAAUUUGAACUUUUUUUUUAUUAUUAUUAUUAUUAUUUUUAUUUUUUAAAAGGUAACUUUUAUAAAAAUAUAAUUAAUUUACAUAAAAUUUUUGUUUAUCAUAUUUAUCAUUUUUACCACCCUGAUUGACAACAGAAGGUCUAAUCCUAUCACUUCCUAUUAUUUUAUUUUAUUUGUGUAUUUUGCUUUCAACAAUUCUGAAUUAAAGACGAUGAUAAUGUAUAUAUGCACAAAUCACCCCCAUGAAUACACUAACUAGGACAUCUUUUUGGAAAGGGCUGAUAAGCUACAUGUAUAUUUUCCCCUUUCUUUCCCCACUGCAGGGUAGCCUCAUCAUAUAGAACAAGAGACCAUAAGAUACAAAACUGUUACUACAUACAGUCCAAACUGUCAGCUACUGAUGAUCACAAAUCCCAUGCAUCAGUAGCUACAUAGUAACUGUCGUUGCAAGAGGCAUCUCUAGCUUUCUAAACUGACAUAUGCUUUCUUAUCACCGUUGAGAUAGAUUGGCAAUUAUACCCGGCAUAAACUGAUACUCGUGAAGCGUUAUACACCUUCACUUAUAUGUCUGAUUACGGGUUAAACACAAUUCUGCAUAUUCAUAUUCCCUUGCUUUAUGUUAUAUUCUUUUAUGACAUUAAACAGGACAUUAUACUAAUAAUUGCUUUCUUUCAAGAUUACCCUUAUUACAAAUGAUUAACACUUAUUACUUACGUCACAUUUUGCCCUUCUGUCCGGUUGGUGAAAUUAUUAUCCAAUCGGUGCUGAGGGCGGUAUAUUCAAACUACUGUUAUACUUUGACUUGGUUCCCCUGGAAGAGCCGGUAUUCGUCGAAACGCGCGUCGGGGUUACUUCAGCAGUGGGUGGCAUGGGUAGAUAAGGGACGAUGCUGCAGCUACUACACACUUUAUAUCUCCUAGAUUAGCCACCUCGCUAUAUGUUUUUAACUUGGUAAUAUCGUUCUUAGAUAUCCAGUUAUUAGUUAGUUACGGCUAAACUUUUAGCAAGGGGUCAGAGGUCUGACGCUGUUUCGGCACUGUGAGUUGUGGGUUGGAGACGUGUGGGAAUUUGAUUAAACUAUGGGUGGGUGCACUUGCAGGCACCUUUUUGGUUCUUUUGAAUCUUUAAAUUACUAAUGUAUUCCCCUCCAUGGUCCCAGGUACAAUAUAUGAUUUGUACCUUUUAGCCGAAUACCCCUCCCCAUCCAUGUAUAUAUAGUACUUGUAGUCACUAGAUUUUUAGGUUUUACAGUUAUUUAUUAAAGGUUACGUUUUAAUUUAUUCCUACUCUAUAUGGGUUGCUUUAGCACUUGUAAGGUUUAGGUCGAGAGAUAUUUGGAUUUAUCUUUCUCAGACCCUGCCUUUCUUUUUCAUUCAACUCUCACUAACAUAUACAUACUCUCACCGACAUACACAUUGUCACUUACACACACACACACACACACACACACAGAAUAACUUACACAUUGUCACUUGCACUUUCACUAACAUACACACACUCUCACCGACAUACAGAGUUACAUUCUCACUAACACACACACCCAGAGUCACUUACAGUGUCACUUGCACAGUCUCGCUAACACCCACAGUUACACACUCUCACUAACACACACUGUCACUUGCACACACACACACACAAAGAGUUACCUAACACUCUCACUAACCCAGUGUCACUUGAACAUUCUCACUAAUACACACACACACACACUGUCACUCAAACACAAACCCACAUCACAAGCUACUUCCUGUUCCCCUUAGAGUGCUUCCGGUGUUCACAGACAGGAGGCACCUGGGAUACCAAGUCACACACUGGCUUCCCCUGCCUGCAGGAAGCAGUGUGCUCUGCUCGAAUGCUCUCCCUGAGCAGGCAAGCGGCAGAGAGGAGCCCAGCAGGUGAAUAGCUGCGCUGGGGGGAGGCUAAGGAGCCGCUCACUCAGCACAGCUUCCCCAGAUAGCAGCAGGGCAGCCCACCAGGAAACCUUCUGGUGGGCGCUCCCCAGAGGCCGGCGCCCCAGGCGAAUGCUUUUCGCCUAAUUAUAGCGCCAGCCCUGCAUAUCACUCAUGACUAUUAAUUGCCUCAUUUGUGUGACAUGCAUUGCACUUAUGGCUGCCAGAUCCAAACAUGCUGGACUUUAGAUAUCUGCUAGUGCAACCAUAGUCGUGAUUGCAGGUGGUGCGGGACAAUAUUCAAUUUAGGCAUUGUAGCACUGUGAUGGGAGUGGUCUCAGACUACUUCUUCCCAGCACUUGUGAACCGGAAUCUGCACUGGAGUAGAGCUUCCUGCAAGGGUUAUUGCAGUGCAUGCACUUGGCCAUCCCGGUCCCCACUGGACCACAGGGAAGCUACCCAUAAUGUUAGAUAUAGAAAGAGCUGCAGAAGAAGUGUCCCCAUCCUAUAAGUUAUACAAACAGCCCACACACAAACACACCACCACUGACAAUCCACAUACAAUCCCACAUGCAGCCUCACACAUACACACUACCAAACACACAAUGUGACAUAUCCACACACACAAUUCCACAAGCUGCCCCCAUACACAGCCCACAUUCAUGGGUAUCAUACACGAUGCCACAAACUACUCAUAAACAUAUACAAUUUAACAACCCACAUAUGUGCAAAUACAAUGCUACAAAGCAAUGUAACACCCAUAAAUAACACAAGCAGAACACGGCAACAUACAAAUAGCCCACACACAAAGUAUAUUGUAUGAGGGGGGCUUUCUUCUUGGCACCUCAAUUUAACCUCUUCCCGACCAGGUAUGUCCACCAACAAAAACUGUAGUAAAUCGCUACUUACCUGUUCGCUGGCGACCCCCCGCCAGCAAUCGCGAUCCUGGGGUCUGCCUGGGAGCUCAGGCAGACACCCACUGCCCGAUCUGGGCCAUGUGAUCGCGGGGUCCUCGUGGUCCGCACAACCACCAAACAACAAUUGGGACCCGACAAGAACUGUCCCGUUUGUACCACAGGGCCUAACAAGGCUUUGUUGCUUCUACUUCAGUGAGCACCCUGUAGUCUCUAGGAAUUGAGUGAGGUUUUUUUUCACAACAUCUGGACAGUUCAACAACAGACAGAUGGGUCCACUCCAUCAUAAUAAAACAGCUUUACCAUAGAAUUAAAUUCGUCCAGAUGAUUUAAAAGUUUCAAAUAUACAUUCAGUAACCAUGAGCACUCAACUUUUCAAAAGUGGCUUGCAAAAAAAAAAAGUAAUCAAAGUCACAGGCUUAGAAAAUGGGAAAGGCACUUAAUUCCUUAUGCACAGAUUUUUAUGGUUUCCUGAUGAUUCAGACCCAUACUGGAUCUGAAACAUGUAAACCUCUAUGUGACAAAAAAAGAGAGAUCUUAUGGAAACUAUCCAGCAUCACAAAUCCUUCAAGAAAAUAAUAGCAUUUCUGACUCUUCAAGACACAUACAUAUUCCAGUCUCCAUGCAAAGGAGGCAAUACCAAAGAUUUUGCAUCAAGAAAUGGCACGUUUGCCCUUUUUGUGACAAAUUACUGGUGGUUCUAACUGCACAUCAGAGAAAGCAGAGGAAUUUAUAAAACACGAUACCUGGACAAUUGGCUGCUGAAAUAUAGAACAAAGGAAAAACUAUUGGAAGAUGUGAUUUGACCUUCACAACUCUGGCAUGGUAAUAAAUUGGAACAAAUUCAAAUUAACCCUAACCAGAGAAACUGUUUACUUGGUUUGAUCAUAAAUUCGGUCAAAAUUACGAGUUUUCUUCUAAAGGAGAAACACACAAAACUUAUAAGAGAUCUAUGUUGCCUUUUAAGAGAAAAAGUCAUACAUAGUGAGAGUGGCUAUGAAAUCACUGGACCUGUUAACAGUUUCUAUACCAGCCAUCAAUUGGGCAAAGUCCCGCAUGAGAUUGCUGCAAGAAAAUCUCCUUUCAGAAAGGAGCCACAGCAGUCGGAAACUGGACUCUGGGAUGAAUUUAUGGACUCAUACAAGAGUUAAUUGACUUGGUCGUUGACACCACCAACAGGCUUUCCUAAGCAAAGAAGGUGAAUGAUACAACGAAUUCAGCAGAUGUCGGUUGGGAAACCUACUUAGGCAAAGUAUAUAUUAAAGAUAGAUUGUCCAGGGAGGAAAUACAUCCCUGCUCAAAUUAAAAGAAAUUAAGACAUCUAGAUGACCUUCAGAAGCCUGGAUAUGAUAGGCAGACAAUACUACAGCCCUAUCCUAUGUAAACAGGCAAGGGAGAACAAAGUCAUCAAUCCUCUCUGGCCUUUGAAAGUUGAUCAUGGAUUGGGCAGAAAGACAUCUCGUGGACAUCUCCACAAUCCACAUAAAGGAAUUCACGAAGAUCCUAUUAGAUGCCCUCAGCAGAGACCACCUGAAACAAGCAGAUUGGUCCCUGUCUCCUCACAUCUUCAGGCAGAUAAAGAGAUUUGGGACACUUACAGUGAAUCUUAUGGUUUCAUUGGUGAACAGAAAGGGUCAAGUAUUUGCUUUAAUCAAACAAACCACCCAUACUUUUUGGGUGCCCUAUCCAAAGGAAUUUCCGUUUGUCAUAUAUUUUUCCUCCUCUGCGCCUGAUCCCAAGAAUUUUAGUUGUCUGGUUUUCAGAUAUAAUGGAGAUGUCGAAAGGUAUUUACUAAAAUCUUCCCCGGAAGAGAAACAUAUUGGUAUACGAUCUGGUUCCCCUUUCGAUAAUAGAGACUCUCUAACUCACAGCCUGUCCCCGAUUGGAUAGGGCGUUCCUCCAUUUCAGUUUUUACACAUUGAAAUUUGCCUGAUUGGUUUACUCUGCCUUGUUGUACUAAAGAUGUUUGCCAUGAAGGGCUGAAUCAUUUUGAGUCUGAAGAACUUAUAAUAAGUUGCAUUUUCAGUUAAAAUUUGGUAAACCACUUGAAGCAUCCAUUAUGUUUAUCUAUCCUAAUUGAUUUUCUUUGAUUUGUUAAUUGCAAACAGCCAAAAGUCUGUAAAUUUUGACAAUGAACCUGAUUUUCAAUAGGGGUUAAUUCUGAUUACAAUUGUGUGUGUGUGUAUCUAAAUAAAUAAUUUCCUUAAUAUAUAUUAUAUAUAUAGUUAAUACAAUGUUAAACAAAAAUCUGCACACCAGUCAAGCCAUAAGACUUGCUUUUCCCACAGAAAUCCCAAAUCAGCAGUGAUGUUACAACCGCAAACGAUUCUGGGUGGGCAUAUGCAAAUUAGUUUAACAAAGAAUCACAUUUUUGCCUCAUUCCAUUUUAAACAUGGAUUCCUUUUUAUUUGUGUUUGCAGUAUACAACUGCUUGGAACACAAUUUAGGAUAAGAUGCAAAACCAGUGAACCACUCAUAGACAGCCGUUUCAUUGUUAAUGCAACUCAUCAGCAUGAGGUUGGUUACUGGUUUACUUAUUGAGGCUUCGUAGUGCUUGGGAAGCAAAAUCCAAAUAGGUUAUGGUGGGGAAAAAUUGUGAUUGAAAACCCCUUCCACCGGAAGACUAUGGAUAGUUAAUACAAUGUUAAACAAAAAUCUGCACACCAGUCAAGCCAUAAAACUUGCUUUCCCCACAGAAAUCCCACAUCUGCAGUUAUGUUACAACCGCAAAGGAUUCUGGGUGGGCAUAUGCAAAUUGAUUUAAGAAUCACAUUUUUGUCUCAUUCCGUUUUAAACAUCGAUUUCUUUUAAUCUGUUUGCAGUAUACAACUGCAUGGAACACAAUUUAGGAAAAGAUGCAAAACCAGUGAACCACUCAUGGACAGCUGUUUUGUUGUUAAUGCAAAUUGUGUUCCAUGCAGUUGUAUACUGCAAACACAGAUUAAAAGGAAUCCAUGUUUAACCCCUUAACAACGAGUGACGGAGGUCAGUCACUCGGGGAUUGCCAUAACGACGAGUGACGGACCUUGUCCGUCACCCGUUAAAAUUAACCCCGGAUCGCGGCAAUCGCGGGGUUAAUGGUGCUCCGGUCUGCCUCUGUAUUAGAGGCAGACCGGGAGCACCCGAUAGUGCUGCCCCAGCACAUGUGCUCGCUCUGACAGCAUGUCAGAGCGAGCACAUGUGCUUAGUAUACUUACCUUCCGCCUCCCUGCACUUCCUGGUUCUGUGUGAAGUGCAGGGAGCCGGAACAGUGCUGAUCCUGCCCCCUGUUAAAAAAAUUAAAUAAAGUUUAUUUAAAAUCCCACCCCCCUUUACUCAUUUUAAUUAAAAAUUAACCCCUUCCCUGCCAAUUGAUCACUGACUACAGUGAUCAAUUGGCAGGGAUUACAUUUUACUAUGAUCUGAUUUUUUUUUUAACCCCUGAGGGUUAAUUCUUUUUUUUUUACCCCUCAGGGGUUAAAUUAAUUAAAUUAAUUAAUUAAAUUAUUUUUAAAUUAUAUAUUUAGAUAGCUGGGGUAGGUGGAAGUUAGUGGGGAAUUGGGGGAUUUGACGUUAGGCUAACUAGGGGUUAACGUUAAAAAAAAGUUUUAAAAUAAACUUUAAAAAGUUAAAAAUUAAGCUUAAAAAAGUUGUAAUAACGUUUAAGUAAAAAAUUUAAAAAACGCCCCCCUUUACCCAGUCCAAAUAAAAAUUAACCCCUUCCCUGCCAGUCGAUCACUGCCUACAGUGAUCAAAAUACAGAUCACAGUAUUAUACUGUGAUCUAAUUUUUUUUAACCCCUGAGGAUUAACUUUUAUUUAUUUUUUAACCCUCAGGGGUUCAAUUUAUUUAAUUAAUUUAAAUAUUUUAUAAUUAUAUAUUUUGCUAGCUGGGGUGGGUGGGAGUUAUGGGAAAAUGGGGAAUUUACUGUUAGUGCUGCUUACUGCUAGUUAGGGGUUAAUGGUAAAAAAAAAAAAAAA